GCUGCUCUCUCUGCGUGGAGAAGCCCCCGGACGGGCGACAAAAUAACAAAAGCUUUGGAACGUUGCAACCUCGAGCGGGGCUCCCCCGCAGCUGCGCCUUCGCCCUGCGCGCCCGGCGCGGUGCCCAGUUCCGGGGAGCUGUCAGGCGGGAGGCGAGCUGCAAAAAGGGAGCUGCUGCUGCGGCUGGUUGUUUAUCUGGAGGAAGGAGGAGGCGGGGGGACUGGAAACCGCCUGUGUCCCAUUUCCUCUCUCUCUCUCUCUCUCGUGUGUGUGUGUGUGUGUGUGUGGCCGGCCCCCCUCCUUCCUCUCCUCCCUCCCUCCCUCCAGCCCUGGAUUCUCCAUGUUGGACCCGAUCUGAGGAGCAUCUGCGUCGCUGCCUUCGCGCGCGGCUUCCUCCGGGGUUGGGCAACUGAGGAGGGAGUGGGCGACAUCGUGCUCCCUUGCGCUCCCCCCACCCCACCCCGUUCCUCCUCCUCCUCCUCCUCCUCCUCCUCCCUGGACAUUUCCCUCCUUUCCACCCCCCUCCUCCUUCCUCCUCCUCCUCCUCCCUCCAACCAAAGGAUCCCCAGGGUCUGUGGGAUUGUUAGAUGGAAAGCCGGUCCAUCAUCACCCAAGUGCAAAGGGACGAAGCCUUGGUGCUUUCGAAACAAGGUAAGGGGACGGCGGGACUUGGAAAGUUUGGUGGGUUUUCGCUUUUCCCUUUCGGCGGGGCGGCGAGGGUGUGUUUGUGUGUGUGUGUUUUGCGCGCGCUCUGCUCUCGAUCCUUGCGGGGCAGGGAGAUCCCUUGAACCCUGGCGGGGGAGGAAAGGCGUGCACGCGCCCUGAAAACACUCACAUAUUUCCCCCCCAACACCCCUUCUCACCCCAGUUCCUGGGGAAGCCUCCCCUCUUACACAACGCUGUCCCCAUUUUUAUACGGACGAUCCAUGUUGCUUCCCUGGCUGUCAUUUCCCCAUCUCUUCUAAAUCGAUAGCCCUUUUGGCAGAGACGUCGUUGUUGUCCCCCAAAAUUAGAUCUCUCCUCACCCCGCCCUUCCUCGCUAGGUUUUUUUUGGGGGGGGGGGAGUAUGGUGCUUUCUUCCUGCGCUGGUUUCCCACUGCGGGGUGGGUGCGAAAAGGCGAGGGAGGGGGGCUUGUUUUUGUUGCUCCGAAUCGCCGCCUCCCCCCCCCCCGUGCUACCCCAAUGCCUGUUCUUGAGAGGCUGGGAUUUGGGGGAUUUCCCCUCCCCCCCCCAAAAAAAUCCCAGUUAUGUGGCAAGAGCCAUUCCAGCGUUUGUUUUUCAUACGACCUCCCCCCCCCUGCCCGGCGCGCUCUCUUUUGCGCGCGUGCGUAAGACACGCGAAUCGCUCAUUUUGCUUCCGAACCGAUCAGAAUGUGAAGCGUGUCUUGAUUUCCUCUCCCCCCCCCCCUUCAAAUCGGAAAUUUUAAAUGCCCAUCUAUAGGCAUGAUUCCUGACGACCUGUCGGGUAGCCGCCCUUUAAUCUGGACUCGAGUGAAAGCGAAGUUCUUCACCAGGCAAACCUCCAACACCCCCCCCCCCACAUGUUGUUGUUGUUUUAAAUCCUGUGGACUAGCGUCCUCGAAAAUGGACGUGGUUCUGUGUCUGGAUAUUCCACGCUUCUUUUCCCCAUCUCCCGAUGCGUAGGAUGCGCAGGGAGUCGAGUGGGAGUACUAUUAGGGGCAUUUGAGGCUGACAGUUUUGGGUUUAGUGUGUCAAGGAAACCGGUCUGCUUCUUGCAGUUUCUUCCCCAGAGUACUGACUCCACCUUUUAAUCAGCAUUUUCCUCAGUGGUGAAAAAUGCACCGUGUUUCAUAUUUUUAAAAGAUGGCUUGUUUGGGGUGUGUGUGUUUUUAAACCAGUUUCCUCCUUGGAGGAGGUGGCUCCCAAGACCUGAGUGGAAGCACUGGCAUUUUUUCCUUUGCCACAAACCUCUCUCUCUCCUCUCUCUCUCUCUCUCUCUCUCUCUCUCUCCCCUUUUAUUUCUGCCUGUGUUUAUUCAGCUGAUGUUUGCUGUCCAGCCUUUGCUUCUCAGCUAUUGGCGGGCAGCUUCCCCUCCCCUUAUGUUCUUGACAGAAGGGGCCUCUAGAAUUCCUAUUGCAAAGGGCUAAGCAUCACAGGGUGGGGUAUAAAAGGGGGGGGGGCGAUGGACGCUGUCCUCUGUUGGGUGCAUCUGACUGAUCGCCCUGUUUGAUGCUGGGCAGCCUGACCCGAAUGCAUUGCUUUUUACUUGCAAGAACAUCCCAUGGGACUUACUCCCAAGUCAGUGUGCAUGGGAUCACAGUCUUACAGCAAGGCUGACGUUCCCUUGCCUUCUCUGUAGGCUUAGGCUGCAGGUUUGUUUGUUGCCCUAAAUGCUCCUGGACAGAUCUGCUUGCAAAAUAAUAGAAGUAAUAACAAUAAACAAACAAACAAUACUCUUUGGGGUGUGUGUGUUUUUGGUGUGGUUAUUUAUACUUCUGGAGAGUGUUAACGGCACAUUUUUCUCUUAAUUUCUCUUGACUCUUGGUAAGGUGGGGAGACACACACAGGAUUUUCCAAAAGAGGUUGUGGAAUGCCAGUUUUUACCCUAGAAGUUCUGGGACCUCAUUGGGCAGGAAGUCCUUGGCUUCUGAAUUUUUGUCAUUUACUGCUUGGUUGUUGUUUUUUUCUUGUGCUGGUCCUGUGUGUGUCUGUAUGUGAACCCUGUGAAGUGUCCGUGGUCUUGACAGAGAUGUUUUCUAGAUCUAAAUUUCAGCCAUCUGGAAGGCUACAGAGGUUGCUGUGUGUCUCUUUUUUAAUGUAUUGUGAUUUAAUGAGUGCCAUCCCUUUAUAGAAUCAGAGUUGUCAAGUGGGAAGGGACCACAAGGCUCACCUCGUCUACCCCCUGCAAUGCAGGAAUUAUUUGCCCAACAUGGGGCUCGAACCCACGGACUAAGCUAUCCUAGGCCCUUAGUUUAGUUCUAUGGAGUGUGUUGAUUUGGGGAAAGUAGGGUUCUGGUACGUUUGGUAAGCUUUAUGACCUCUUUUGGACCACUUGAGAGCUUUGCAUUCAGCUUGAGUGACCACCUGUUUAGAGAAGCGAAAGUGCCUGGUUUUGAGGAUUUAGGCUGCAAUAAUCCUAUGUCUGCAUACUUGGAAGCAAGUCCCACUGAAUUCAGUAGGUCUUGAGUAAACAUACAUAGGAUUAAGCUGUGUAUAAGAGGGGUGGACGCAGCUGGAGUUUCGAAAAGCUUUCCCUGCGGCUUGUAUUUGCUGUUUGUGUUAUCUAUUCUUAAUUCAUGCUAAUUAUUUUUCAUUUUCUAUAAACUGCUUAGUGGAGUUUGUCUGAAAAGCACUUAAAAAAACAUAUUAAAUUAACGAAUAAUACAGUGCUGACUGUUGGUUACUGGAGUAAAGAAAAAUGUUGAGGAAAAAAUUUUAAGUCUAUUUUUCCUUUUCAUGUUUCUUUGCUUCCUGUUGAUCCCUGAAAAGGGGUUCAGUUUUUCUUCUUGCACAUCUCAGCUCUGUCCCAUUUCCCAGGCUUUUUUGACUUGUCCCUGUUAAGGAAAAUGGAGGCUGUGAUGGCAGUCGCCCAGGAGAGGAGAGGACUAACUUGGAUAUGGAAUUCUCUUGCGGAUAAACAAGAGGCAAAACAGAGAAGGCCCAGUGGGGCCAGAGUGUUUAGGUGCGCUAGUUAGCGACAAGAUGACUCCAGCUUUCUCCAGGUGUCAGAGGUUACUCUUGUAAAACUAAUAAGCAAAAUUAGGGUUAUUUACUGGUCCUGGUUUCUGGUCUUUUUAUAGCCAAUGCAUUUAAAUGGAGGCUAUAGAUAAUGAUGUGUCUCUGUGUGUAGUCUCUGUGGGUGGCACCGAGAAUGCAAGUCACUUUUACUGGCUCCAGCAGCAACAGGCAAGGAUUUUGAGUGGUUCGCUAUAAUCUCUUUAUCGUGGGAAUGUGCCCCUGUUUGGUUUUGGGUCCUCGCCAGCCGUUUAGAGAAAGGAAGAGCUGCUCUUUUCAGUACAGUACCGCCUUCUUAUGGAUUUCACAUUUACAAAAAGGCCCAGAAGAAAGCUUGAGUUUCAUGUCAACCAGAGCAGGGACUAACUCAGAAGAGAGAUUUUACCAAGGAGAGGUUGUGCUGGCAGGAUCUAGGAGCUAUCCUGAAGGAACUGGGGAUAUUUAUCCAAGGCUUUUGGGUGGUGAGGAAUGAUAAAGAAAAUGUACUGUUGACAGUUCUCAGCUAUUGAGGAACGGAUGUCCAGCAAGAUAAGAUGGUGGAAGGAAUUCAUAGAUCAUUGUUUUCAGUCACUGCUCUUUGACUGAGGAACUCCCUUCCCUUCGAGGUCUAGGAAAGGUCAGCUCAGAAUGGUUCCUUGGCUGAACUUGGCUCUGAAUGGCUGGGUUAGGGAUCAAACAGGUUCAAUUUCCCUAUUAUGUGAAGAAAUUUGAUUAACUGAUUCCCUCUCCCAAUUGCAUUAUUAUUAUUAGGAACUUAUUGUGUUUUAAGUCACCUUGGAUUCCAGGAAGAAGCUGGCUGGAAAGGGGAAAUGAAAAUAAAGAAAUGAUUUUGUGUAUGAGAAGCAAAUGGGUGUGAAACGUAGAUGCAGCACAGAUAGCACAAAAAGGCCUUCCUCCUGUAUCCUUAAGAGUUCAGGGAGGUCACUGGUUCACUGACACAUGGCUGAGAGACUCCUGGAGUCUCAAACUGGGGGUGGGAAAUGUUCCCACGAUCAGGAGCUGCUAUUUGGGCCAUUGAGAUUUGUUAUUGCUAUUGCUAGGAUCUGCGUAGAGAUUUCCCCCCUGGAUAGUUGUGUCAUUUCUCUUGGACUGUUUAGGAUAAAAUCAGUUUAGGCUUGUGGUUCUCAAACUCUAGGCUGCAAGCCUUUGUGCAAGUCUUUCCUUGAAAUCCAUGUAACCAAAUGGAAGAGUCUAGCUGCAUUAUUUUUAAUUUUUUUCAAGGAAUAAACAAAGCCCUCUGUAACUUCCAAUGUUGGGGUUGGGGAUUGAGGCUGUUAUCUUGAAUAUGGUUGCAGAUAUCUCACAAUACAGUAUUCAAGCAUAAAGGUGGGUUAAAGCAGGGGUAGGCAACCUAAGGCCCAGGGGCCGGAUGCAGCCCAAUCGCCUUCUCAAUCCGGCCUGUGGAUGGUCCGGGAAUCAGCGUGUUUUUACAUGAGUAGAAUGUGUCCUUUUAUUUAAAAUGCAUCUCUGAGUUAUUUGUGGGGCAUAGGAAUUCGUUCAUUUCCCCCCCACAAAAUAUAGUCCGGCCCACCACAUGGUCUGAGGGACGGUGGACUGGCCCACAGCUGAAAAAGGUUGCUGACCCCUGGCUUAAAGGGUAGGAUUGAAUACGAAUGCUUGCAUGAUCCUCCCCUUCAUGUUUUCUUCCUCCCCGCCUCCCAGUUUAAAGAAAUGCAUAAAUACUCAGUGGACAAGCAUUCUUCACACUCAUAUACACCUCCUUAAAGGUAAAGGGACCCCUGACCAUUAGGUCCAGUCGUGACCGACUCUGGGGUUGCGGCGCUCAUCUCGCUUUAUUGGUCGAGGGAGCCGGCGUACAGCUUCCGGGUCAUUUGGCCAGCAUGACUAAGCCGUUUCUGGCGAACCAGAGCAGCGCACGGAAACACCGUUUACCUUCCUGCUGGAGCGGUACCUAUUUAUCUACUUGCACUUUGACGUGCUUUCAAACUGCUAGGUUGGCAGGAGCAGGGACCGAGCAACAGGAGCUCACCCCGUCGCGGGGAUUUGAACCGCCGACCUUCUGAUCGGCAAGUCCUAGGCUCUGUGGUUUAACCCACAACGCCACCCGCGUCCCUUAUACACCUCCUUAGAGGUGCUUAUUCCAUCUCCAGGUAGCUGUCUUGAUGUGCUUCUGGAGUCCAGCUCUCAUCAUCCCUCACCAUGGAUCAUGCUGGUGGAAACUGAUGGGAUUUGGAGGCCGCAGGUUCCCCCACCUAUACUCAGACCAAUCUGAGCCUCUUCUUGCAGAGUCAGGGAUUGAGACCAUACAGUGAAAGUGUGUGUGUGUGUCUCUGUGUGUAAAUCUCACAUCCCUAGGUGCCUGCACCAUGAUUUUUGCCACUAGCUCUAAAAAGAGCAGACAUCAAGCAUGCAAACAAAGACAUUUUGACCCACAAGCUGUUACCUCUUACCCUAGGUGGGUGUGGGCAGACUGCAGUCAGCUGGCAGUGAUGGAAAUCUACUCAGAGACGCCUCUGUUAUUAAAGCAUAUGUCCCAGGACUGGUAAUACAGGUCAGCAGGGCUUAAAUGAAGGCCUGAGCAAAGGUGGAAAACCGAAAAUGGGGAGGGGGAGGGGGAUGGUUCAUAUGGAAGAGCAUCAUUGAUUCCUCUGGGCUUAGAGGAAACGGCCACCCAUAAUGGAAAGGAAAUAGGACAGCAAUGUAAGUCUUGACAAUACAGUAUCUAGGAAAGCCAAGCCCUGGGUAGGGGAAGAGUCAAGGAAGACCUUCCCAAAAUCUUGCCUGCUGUCCUCAGAGAGAGAGAGAGAGAGGGAGAGAGAUAGAUGUCUUGCUGGUUGAAAAAUAUAACUCAAAACACAUCGGGCAACUUGCUAACCAGAAAAGCUGUGUUUUGUUUCUCCGUAUAUUUAUUGAUUUUUUGUGUGUGUGUAAUGUAAAUGUUGUACAAAUCAACAUAAAAACAGUAAAAUAAUACAAAAACAGAAAUUAAGUGGUGUGGGGUCCAGUCUUGUGGAUCAGCUGCCCCCCCCCCCCCACAUUUGAAGCAAAUUACUGAUGAUGUUUCACAUGUACAGUGGUACCUCAGGUUAAGAACUUAAUUCGUUCUGGAGGUCCGUUCUUAACCUGAAACUGUUAUUAACCUGAAGCACCACUUUAGCUAAUGGGGCCUCCUGCUGCUGCCAGAGCACGAUUUCUGUUCUCAUUCUGAAGCAAAGUUCUUAACCUGAGGUACUAUUUAUUUCUGGGUUAGCAGAGUCUGUAACCUGAAGUGUCUGUAACCCGAGGUACCACUGUAUGUGUAUGUGAUACACACACACACAGUCCUUUUGUUGUAAGCCUUGCACCAAGACAUAGUGAGCAGCAGUGGUAUUCUUGUGUGUGGUUCCUUCCUUCCAGGAAAUGGCGGGUUCUCCACCCACCAUCUGCCUAAUGCUUUUCUUGUUCUCAGAGGCAAAAAUUUCCCCAGUGCUAUCCCUGACCCCGUUCUCUGUUCUGAGGAAGGCCCCUCUGACAUCGGCACCAGAGCAUCUAAGGAAGUCCUCCUGUCCACCCCCCAUCCCGGCAUGGCUAUGAGUGGUGCUGCAAGCCUUCCUGAGAUUUUCCUUCCUUCCAGCGAGAGCCAGUGUGGUGUAGUGGGUAAGAGCGAUAGACUCGUAAUCUGGUGAACUGGGUUCGCGUCUCCGCUCCUCCACAUGCAGCUGCUGGGUGACCUUGGGCCAGUCACACUUCUCUGAAGUCUCUCAGCCCCACUCACCUCACAGAGUGUUUGCUGUGGGGGAGGAAGGGAAAGGAGAAUGUGAGCCGCUUUGAGACUCCUUCGGGUAGUGAUAAAGCGGGAUAUCAAAUCCAAACUCCUCUUCUUCUUCUUCCAGCCCCCCUCCCCUUCCCUGGCAGGGAACCCAGGGAUGUAAGCUCUGGUCCAUGUAAGGUCCCGUCCACACCAUGGCGGUACCAUGCCACUUUAAACAUCCAUGUCACCCCACUCCAUCCUGCCCCAAAGAAUCCUGGGAACUGUAGUUUGUGAAGGGUUUGGGGAGUUUAACUCUUAUCAGUUGUAGCUUUUGAUAGUAAAGGUAAAGGAACUACUGGCCAUUAGGUCCAGUCGUGACCGACUCUGGGGUUGCAGCACUUUAUUGGUCGAGGGAGCCGGCGUACAGCUUCCGGAUCAUGUGGCCAGCAUGACUAAGCCGCUUCUGGCGAGCCAGAGCAGCGCACGGAAACGCCAUUUACCUUCCCACCAGAGUGGUACCUAUUUAUCUACUUGCACUUUGACGUGCUUUCAAACUGCUAGGUUGGCAGGAGCAGGGACCGAGCAACGGGAGCUCACCCUGUCGCGGGGAUUCUGAUCAGCAAGUCCUAGGCUCUGUGGUUUAACCCACAGCGCCACCCGUGUCUGUAGCUUUCGAUAGACCUGUCCAAACUUGGGUCUCCAGCUGUUUUUGGACUACGACUCCCAUCAUCCCUAGCUAGCAGGACCAGUGAUCAGGGAUGAGGGAAACCGUAGACCCAAGUUUGGGAAACACAGCUCUACAGCUUUACUUUAUUUUCUUUUUUGAAAGACUUUUGAACAAACUACCGUAUUUUUCGCUCUAUAAGACGCACCAGACCACAAGAUGCACCUAAUUUUUGGGGGAGGAAAACAAGAAAAAAAAAUAUUAUGAAUGUCAGAAGCCAGAACAGCAAGAGGGAUUGAUCCACUGCACAGAGAAAGCAGCAAUCCCUCUUGCCGUUCUGGCUUCUGGGAUACCUGCGCAGCCUGCAUUCGCUCCAUAAGACGCACACACAUUUCCCCUUACUUUUUAGGAGGGAAAAAGUGAGUCUUAUAGAGCAAAAAAUACGGUACUUUAUCCAUGCUUCUGGAUUUAAAACAUCAGUUCCAAUACAAUCAGAUAUCCUUAGGAGAAUAUCCAACGACAUAAAAAUGGGAUGCCUAGGAUUCCACGCAUACAUGCAGGACUCUGUGCUGGCCGGGUGCCAAAGCAUUUGAUAUCAAAGCGUAGACGGUGGGGGUGGCGAAGGGUUUGUCUGGGUUGUACAUAUCCAUUUCCACUUUCCCUCCCCACCCCCAGUCUGCUUAGAAGAGAGUUUUGCUUUGUAUCCUGCGGAAAAGAGAGUAGAGAGAACAGAUGUUAUCAUCGGUUGGUAGCAGCAACACAGGUUCAUUCCUAAUUAUUGUAGUUCUCUACACUUGGUAGCUUGCAGUGUCGCCUGACAAGCCGGUUGGGUGGGUACCUUUUUGGGGAGGGGAGAAAUGUCGACUUGGAGAUUGCUACACCUUACAGCUUCUUUGGUUGUAGCUCCAGUUAUUUCACCUCCACCCUGUUCACAUUUCAAGUAAAGUUUGAAAGCCCCUCCCCAGGAAUCGUAAGGCAGUGAGAAGCUGGGUGCGCAAGCAUUGUAACCCUGCGCAAAGCCCAUCCCCGGAGGGAGUUUGGAGCGUCUAAUGUUCAGCGAGUCCCGCUGAAUUCUGCACAUGCCCCUAAAACACACACAAUAUAGCGCUGCACCACAAGGAACAUUCAUUCAGUAAAACUGGGGUGCAAAGCUCUUGUCAUUCUCCUCAAUUUUUUAAUGAAAAUAGGUAAAAACGAUAUUAACAAUGUCAGUUGCCAUACAUCUGGAUUUUCCCAGGCAUUUAGCUGAUUUCUGCCCAGACACUGCUUCCAACCAGCGGUGUAGCGUGGGUUGUCAGCACCCGGGGCAAGGCAAGUAAUUUGCGCCUCCUAACCCGGGGCAAGGCAAGUAAUUUGCGCCCCCUAACCCAGGGCAAGGCAAGUAAUUUGCGCCCCCUAACCUGCCGCCGCUGCCAGCUUCUUCUUGCUGCUGCCUGGUCUGGUCUGGUGUGGUUCUCUCCCGCGCUCAGCGCUGCGCUGGGCGGCCGCUGCACUGUCCCUCCCCCCAGAUAGUCCCUCGCUCUCUCUCCGCACCGCACGCCUGGCACCCACCCCCUCCACAGUGGGCGGCGACCCAGCGGCUCGGAUCGGAUUUGCACAGCCAGCACUGCAGUGAGAGAGAGUGAGUGAGCCAGGUAGGGGCAGAGAGCUGCGAGUGCGAGCGCGCCCCCCCCAGAUGUUGCGCCCGGUGCGGCCGGCCCCCCCCCUGCACCCCCCACGCUACGCCACUGCUUCCAACUGCAGUAUUCUGAGUAUGUCUGUAUGGCAACCCUGGAUAAAUACUUUCAUUGUGUUUCCUCUCCCUUUUAUAUCCCAAGAGUAGGGGGAUAGAGAGAGGGGUGUACGUAUAUGCAUAGAAACUAGCCUACAAUUUGAAGCAUAAAAUUUGCACCCAUUGCUCCACCCACUUUUCCCUCUGGCCCUUCCCACCACUGGAACUCAGACCCGAGAAGGUUGAACAGAAGGGAAUGUGGUCCCUGACCUCAAAAAGCUUCCCCGUCCCUGGACUUGAGACUUGGUUUAUUUCAAUGGAAAGGCCACAGAUGUCCCGGAAGUAGUCAAUUUGCCGUGUAAAGACCCUGCCUCCUCCCACCCCCUGCCACAGGGUCACAGCCCUCAUGUGAAGUGUCACAGCUUGCACAGGAGGGAGCUUGCCCCUCAACUUUCUCAAACUUGGAUCUCCAGUUCUUGUUGGACUACAACUCCCAUCAUCCAUAGCUAGGAGGACCAGCCGUCAGGGCUGAUGGGAGUUUGACAACAGCUGGGGACCCAAGUUUAAGAACACUGCUAGACCCUAGGUCCUCAGGUAUGGCCAAACGAGGCCCUCCUGAUGUUUUUGGGACUACAAUUCCCAUCAUCCCUGACCACUGGUCCUGUUAGCUAGGGAUGAUGGGAGUUGUAGUCCCAAAACAUCUGGAGGGCCAAGUUUGGCCAUGCCUGCCCUAGGUCUAGGACAUACUCUCUAGCACUGAACUCCCAAUCCCAAGAAGUCCACACAAUAUCUUGCACACAUUUGAGCUUCACGUAGGGUUGUCACUGACUGCCUUGCCGCCCUCCACCCUCUAUAUCUGUGUGUAUCUGUAUCUUCUAGGCAAUGGAACAAUCUUCCAGCAGAGAUUUGGGAGGCGCCCUCUUCGCUUUCCAUUUUCAGGCGUGUCUUGAAAACCCCAAAUAUGUAUGCAACACAAAAUGAUUGCCUGAUCAAAAGCAUAAUUGCUGCACAUCACUUGGUUGUGUUAUAUGAACUGUCAGUGUAUAAAUACCUUUUAUAAACAAGUAAAUAUGUCUGCAAUGUACACACUCACCAAGUGAGAAUAAUGCUUCAUGCACUGAAUGAAGUGACCCCUGUUCCAGCUUUAUAUUGUUAACCCAUAAGGUGUCAAUAGGAUUUGUCUGUUUUGUUUCUGCAAAAGAUGUGAUGCGGUGAACCCCCUGGAAGUUACUACUGCAAGUUUGUGCUCUGUAGACGCUUCCAUCUCUCUCUGCCUCUCUCUCUCUGUCUGUCCCCCUCUUGAAGUGCAAGUGGAUUUAUAUUCUUGUAACUUAAUACAACUUUAGUGGACAAAUGGGGACUGUGGUCUAAAGCUUGCGAAAUCCCAGGUGCACAAUAUAUUGCUUGGCUGCCUAAAAAUACGUUGCUGGUGCCUAAGAAUUUGAAGAAUGUCUGUGUCUUUGAUGGGCAUGCCUUUACACAUAACAGUGACGUAAGUAUUCAUUUGUGUGUCGUUAGCAAGUUCCCAGCGUGCACAGAAAUUAAGGAUGCCUUACAAACAGUGGAGCGCUUUUAAGGCUACUCUUACGAAAAGUCUAAGUUCUCAUUGCUCAGAAGCUGUCGUGCCAAGGAAUAAAUAAAACCCGACUGCUGCCCCGUCUUGCAUGCCUAUUAAACAAGUAGCGCACAGGGCCAAAUGUGCUUUACUGUGUUAGGCUGCAGGAGUCAAGGCAAAGGACGCCACUCUGGCUGGUCUUGCUCAGUCUCUGAACUUAGGGUUGGAAUUCAACCAAGUUGUUGUGUGUCCGGAACAAGGUCUGCUUUCAAUGCCCCCCCCCUCUUAAAAUCUACUCUGGAGGGUUAGAGGAAGCCUUCCCCCAACUGAUUUAGGGGGUGCACAGAGGGAGGAAUGGGUGGUGGUAGACGUCCCAUUGCAGGAGCAAGCUUUGUUCCUUGCAUGCGUACCCCACAAUACUAUGAUGAAUUCCACCCUAGACCUAAUAUCUUAACUACAGUCGUAUCAUACAACACGUUCGGAAACCAAAGCGCGGCUUCUGAUUGGCUGCAGGAAGCUCCUGCAACCAAUUGAAAGCCGUGCCGGAGGUUUGGCUUUCGAAAAUUGUUCGAAAACUGGAACACUCACUUUCGCGUUUGCUACCUUCGGGAGCCAAAACGUUCGAGAACUAGGCUGUUCUAAAACCAAGGUACAACCGCACUCACAAUAUGCUGCAUGAGAACAUUGGAGCACAGGCCAUCUAUUUUGGCAGCCUGUUCUCACAGUGGCCACAAGUGGAAAAUCCACAAGCAGGACAUGUGUAAAAAGCACAUGUUCCAUUUAUGUUCCUCAUGCACGAUCACUUGAUUUUGCACUUUUCUGCAAAGCAGGAAGUCCCUAUUUCCCUACAAUGUUGAUGUUUAAUGGUAAAGAAUGGCAUACAUUUCAUUUUUUAAAAAAAAAAUCCUUACGUUCAGGGCUAAGAGAGUUUUAAAAGCACUACAGAAAUGCCCCUGUUAUCCCUCCCUUGCAACUAAAAGCACGUUUAACAUUUCUUUUUUGGGGGGGCGGGGGGAGAUGUCUUGCAUCUCUCCUGAAAUACGCCUAGGCUCUGACUUUGGCAGACCUCCAAGUUCUCUUCCUAGGAAACUAGCAAUUGGUGUUAAGCUGAGGGUGACUGAAGGAAAAGGAUUGACUGCUUGCCAGAGUUUGCAGGAGGCAGCUGCUGCAUAUGGUCCAACUAGAACCAGUUGCACCUUGAGAGGGGUUAGCAAGAUCCACCUGACAACCUCACUAGCUUUCAGCCAGCAAAACAAAGCCCAGCCACCUGCUGCCACCACAACAACAGGGUGAUGCUGUCUUUGAAGCUGUGUGACAUUGGGACGGGGGAGAAACUCCCCUUUCCAUUAUCGCAGAAUAAUGUAGGUUCUUGUGAAUAAUGUUGAUUAUCAUGAAGAUUCUGCUUCCUCGAAACCUGUAGGGGAAAACAAAGAAACCCUGGAGCUGCCUGAGUAGCUUAAGAAUGACCAUGACUGGCUGUUUAAAAAUAAAAGACGUUAUGCACAGGCAAUGAAGGUUGGAGAGAAGUGAGAUGUUGGUGGUAAUUCUGAAUGUAUUUCUGAGCUUUUUGUGUCUCUGCUGCCUUUGCUGUGAUGCUGGAAAUCUUCACAGUACCCUGAUUCAGACGAAUAUAUCUUGGCUUAAGAACAAACGGUUGGUCUGUGCACAUGGCUCCUUCGCAUCUUCUUUUGCAGUUUGCAUGAACACAGGAGUCCCUAAUUAACCAUUGCUUCGUGUUUCAGGAUCCUGGCACAUUCUGAAACUGGUAACCAUGGUUUCCCGGUUUGGAUGAAACAGGAAACUAAGGAUAAUUGGAUGCAUCCUGGUUUAAUUACAUCUUCCGCCAUAGGCUGCUCGUGGGGGCAAAAGCCUCAUUCGUAUCUCAUUGUUAAGCUGAGCUUUGAUCAUCCGAACACAGCCAGCCAGAAUACAUUAGAAUCCCCCUGUAAGGUUGCUGGUUCCCUCCUAUGGAUGGACAAUUGAAGUGCUCUGGUUCCAGUUCAGUUACCGUAAUUCUUCUGGAGACAGUGGGACACUGUCUGGCAACAACUCCCAUCAGUCCCAGCCAACAUGGCCCAGUGGUCAGGGGGAAUAGGAGUUGUAGUCCAUCAACAUCUGGAGGGCCACAGGUUCACCAAUAUAUACAUAGUACUCUUAAUGGGGAUGCUGAUUUGUGUGUGUGUGAAAUGUGGAAUUCCUGUGACAGAAACGCUUCCUUAGUGGCAGACAUUUGUAUUCUGUUCAACACAUGAUCCUGCAGGGGUUUGCGCACCAAUGGAACAAGAUGUCGCAGAAUUUGGAUCUCCAACUUCUGGUGACCAAGCUCAUUCCAUAUUGGGUAACGUAGUUCUAUAUUAUUUUGCACGAUAUUAUGUAACCCGAGGCAGGCUAAAAUUCAGAAGAUGGACAGAUGAACCCAGUGAAUGGGAAGACCUCCUCCUGUAAUGUUAAUGUAUACAAAAUGGUGCAGAACGUAGGGCUGGGCUCAGAUAUACAUGCUCCUCUCUUGAUGGUGGCACCAUCAUCAUCAAAUAAUGACUUGCAUAAGUGAUUGGCCUAUUAUGUGGCUAGUCAAUCUAAUGCCUCACAGAUGUUAUUGGGCUUCUAUUCCCGUUAGCCCUAGCCAGCUUGGCCAAUGUUCAAAGAUUGUGGGAGUUUCAGUUCAGCAGUAACUUUAGGGCACCCUCUAGCUACCUUUGGAAGAGGACAUCAUGGCUACAGCAUCACAGAGUUCUUGUUUUCCACCCCACUGACCAGACCCAGACCAGCUUAACUUCAGCAAGCGUGUGGCCUAGUGUGCCUUCUGGUCACAACCCUGGGACCUGCACAACUUUCAUCCAGGGGCUGCAUGAUGCUCCAAAAGGAGUUUUGUGCUGUAGCUGCUUUUCCAGCUGGAGUUGUAGGAUCGGAUUUAAGGGACCUGCUCCCUAGACCACACGGCUCUUAAUUCAUUCUGUCCUCUCCUGAAGCUGUUUUUGUCAGAGUGACUCGAGCCACUCGUGUGUGUGUGAUAUUUAAUACAUCUGCCUGAUGACGUGUGGAUGGAUCCAUGUAGAAAUACUAACAUUCUUGCCCAGUCUCCCAACUGCAGUUCAUUUUGAUUGGCACCUCCUGCUUGCAGCUACAGUCAGCCUUUUGGGUAGCAACCAAGGCUACCCAGAUAGGACAUACCCCAAUGCGGACAUAGUCUCCCUUUUUUGCAUUAUGGUUCUGAUGCCCUCAUAGUGAUUUUCAAGUGUGACGUGGGGCACAUGGCACCCUACCAUUCUCCCCUGUUUUGACUCUAUGGUUUUUUUUACCAUCUUAGAAAUGUCCCCUUAAUCUGGACUAUUGUCUCAUGACAUGUGUUAUGUUCUCUAGGUUGCAUUUUAUUGGACGGGGGAACCUGUGAUCUUACCUGUGCCAUUUGGUUGCUGUGGGUUAAACCACAGAGCCUAGGACUUGCCGAUCAGAAGGUCGGCGGUUCAAAUCCCCGCAACAGGGUGAGCUCCCGUUGCUCGGUCCCUGCUCCUGCCAACCUAGCAGUUCAAAAGCACGUCAAAGUGCAAGUAGAUAAAUAGGUACCGCUCCAGCAGGAAGGUAAACGGCGUUUCCGUGUGCUGCUCUGGUUCGCCAGAAGCGGCCUAGUCAUGCUGGCCACAUGACCCAGAAGCUGUACGCCGGCUCCCUCAGCCAAUAAAGCGAGAUGAGCGCUGCAACCCCAGAGUCGGCCACGACUGGACCUAAUGCUCAGGGGUCCCUUUACCUUUACCUUAUCUGAGUCUCUAACACUGGGUUGCAGGCUCCCUGCUUUUACAGGUAUAGGCUGUUAUCCUAAGAAGAGAGUGAGUGCAAUUUAGGACCGAUUGAGUUCACCAGGUACAUAGGCGUAGAGAACCGUACAGGACUGUGUCUGUAGCCUUUUGUGACACGUUGGUCUGGAUUGCAUGGGCUGAUGUGGCAAGAGGCAGGCAGUGAGGAAACUGUCCCCUGUUGUGUCCUGGAGCUAGAAAUUUUGUGACAGCAGUGGGACGUAUGGCUGCAUCGAGGGAGGAGAAGGAAUCCUGUGUGGAAGAACAAAAGCUUAAACACAGUCUUUGCAUAAUGUAUUGAAAGUGGUGUGCAGUUCCUUAAAUCACUUUCAAUAAAAUUUACAAGCCAAGUGCUUGUCAGUCUCUGCCCAGCCCAGACCCUGAGGUUUACAGCAGGGGCGAUGGGUCCAGUUGCCGUCUGUGGCCCCAACAUCUAGGUUGUUGUGAGGAUAAAAUGGUGGCGAAAACAGCCCUUUUCUUCUCUGCUUUGUAGAGGAAGGAUGGGAUAGGAAUGUAAUAGAAUAUUUAUUCAUCUUAAGACCUUUGCACGAGUUGCCAGAGACACCCAGAACUGGUUUAACUUGCUGGGCAACUGAGUUGAAAAGUGCCUGCCUGUUUUUCCUCAUGUCUUUUACGUGAAGAGGCUGGAGACUUGGGCUAAAACUAUUACUGUUGCUUUCCUUAUUCUCUCCCUCCCCACCGCCGCAGUGAUAAUGUUCUCUCUCUCUCUAUAUAUAUAUAUGAGAAUAAGAAAAUUUCCAGAUGCAACCUGCAGUAGAUAUGUGCAGGGAGAGAUUGCUCAAUCCUUUCCCCUCCAGAAUGUUGUUGUAAGAGUCGGUUUCUCAGCUCAAAAUCACCCUCAGCAUCUUGCUUUCUCCCUCCCUUCCCCAUUGAUGGUGCAAACGAACUGCAUAGAAUUCCUAAUAUCAUUUCCCCUCCUGUCAAUCCUGCAGGUCAAAAUGCAGCUUGGCGUGGAUGGAUGGGAAGGGAGAGAUUUUUGUUUUAUAAUAAUAAUGUAUUAUUUAUUCCCCGCCCAUCUGGCUGGGUUCCCCCAGCCACUCUGGGCAGCUUUCAACAAUAGUCCUUCAGAUAUUAAAAGCUUUCCCAAACAGGGCUGCCUUCAGAUGUCUCCUGAAAGUCUGGUAGUUGUUGUUCUCUUUGAUAUCUGGUGGGAGGGCGUUCCACAGGGCAGGCGCCACUACCGAGAAGGCCCUCUGCCUGGUUCCCUGUAGCUUAGCUUCUCGCAGUGAGGUAACUGCCAGAAGGCCCUCGGAGCCGGACUUAGUGUCCGGGCAGAACGAUGGAGGUGGAGACGCUCCUUCAGGUAUACUGGACCGAGGCCAUUUAGGGCUUUAAAGGUCAGUACCAACACUUUGAACUGUGCUCGGAAACGUACUGGGAAGCCAAUGUAGGUCUUUCAAGACCGGUGUUAUGUGGUCUCGGCGUCCGCUGGGUCACCUUCAAAGGUAGCCCCACAUAGAGUGCAUUAUUUGAGAAGGAAAAAGACUGGGCGCAAGCGCAGGCCCAAAGUUUGGUAUCCUGAGACCAAGCAAGAUGGCGGUUGACCUGUUUGUCUGCACCCAGAUCUGUCCCCUAUAAAGCAAGAGAUGUGGAGCCCAUUUUGAAGAGCAAAAUGGGAGUAUAGGGAAGGGCAGCUUCCAUUGGCCACACUCUCAAGAGAGCAAGCAGUAUACAUGUAUCAUUAAAGCAAUACAUAGGUUGCAAAGGAAAGCCUUAAAAAAAUAAAACGAUAUACCUAUGUUAAAGGCUUGGCAUUUCAGUCCCUUAUUUUUGCUUUGUCAUUUUAUUUUUCAUAAUAAAAAGAGUUCACUAGGCCAAGGCUUUAUUUAUUGUGGGUUCAUAGUUAGCUUUAUUGAGCCAUUUUGACUACUGCCUGUUGUUUUUUUCUACUGCUGUUUUAGUGUACCUGUUCUGUGGAUUUUUGUAUGGUUUUAUUGUCAUGUACUGGGAUCUCCCCCCCCCCUUUCUGAUUUUACGCUCUGCUUGAUGUUUUAUAAGUCGCUUAGAGACUGUUUAUGUAGCAGGCUACUGAUAAUUUGAACAAAUCUUUCCCAGACUGCAUCUAUAUUAAAAUUUCAUAGAAUUGUAGAGUGGGAAGGGACCAUGAAUCUAGUCCAGCCCCUUGCAAUGCAGGAAUCUUUUGCCCAGUGUGGGGCUCGAACCCACAACUCUGAAAUUAAGAGUCUCAUACUCUACUAACAUAGGGACAUGGGUGGCGCUGUGGGUUAAACCGCAGAGCCUAGGACUUGCUGAUCAGAAGGUCAGCAGUUCGAAUCCCCGUGAUGGGGUCAGCUCCCAUUGUUCGGUCCCUGCUCCUGCCCAGCUAGCAGUUCACAAGCAUGUCAAAGUGCAAGUAGAUAAAUACCGUAUUUUUUGCUCUAUAAGACUCACUUUUUCCCUCCUAAAAAGUAAGGGGGAAUGUGUGUGCGUCUUAUGGAGCGAAUGCAGGCUGCGCAGCUAUCACAGAAGCCGAACAGCAAGAGGGAUUGCUGCUUUCACUGCGCAGUGAUCCCUCUUGCUGUUCUGGCAUCUGAGAUUCAGAAUAUGUUUGUUCUUGUUUUCCUCCUCCAAAAACUAGGUGCGUCUUGUGGUCUGGUGCGUCUUAUAGAGCGAAAAAUACGGUAGGUACCGCUCCGGCAGGAAGGUAAACGGCGUUUCCGUGCGCUGCUCUGGUUCGCCAGAAGCGGCUUAGUCAUGCUGGCCGCAUGACCCGGAAGCUGUACGCCGGCUCCCUCGGCCAAUAAAGCGAGAUGAGCGCCGCAACCCCAGAGUCGGCCACGACUGGACCUAAUGGUCAGGGGUCCCUUUACCUUUACCUUACUCUACUAACUGAGCUUAAUGUGUUUUUAUUGCUUGUUGUUUGCUGCCCUGGGCUUCUUUGGGAGGAAGGGAAAGAUGUAGGUUUUACAAUAAAUAUAGAAUAGGUUUGGGUUUACUGGAUGCUAGAUUUGGGACAUAGCUGUGCAUGUACCUGCAUGCAUCCCAAGGGUGAAACUGGCCAAAGCUCUGGGAGAGGGUUAGCUUUGCAGGUAGAGAACAUCAGGUCCAAUCUCUGACUUCACCUAUUAAAAGAUCUAAAUGGAAAGAGCCUUAGGAAACGUUUCUGAAACCUGGCUUUAAGGCCUACUGAGAAUUAUAAGCCAGGUACCGUAUUUUUCGCUCUAUAGGACGCACUUUUCCCCCUCCAAAAAUGAAGGGGAAAUGUGUGUGCGUCCUAUGGAGCGAAUGCAGGCUCCUCGGCUUCGCUUCGAGGCGCCUGACCUGGAAGCCGGAGGAGGAACAGAAGGGACUCCUUCUGUUCCUUCUCCAGCUUCGCUGAAGGGCGCUGCACCUUCUCCCUCUCUGCGCGGCACCUCUCCUGUGCGCAGAGAGGGAGAAGGCGCAGCGCCCCUUGAGCGGCGCGCCUGUCCAGCGAAGCCGGAGGAGGAGCAGAAGGGUCUCCUUCUGCUCCUUCUCCCGCUUCGCAGCGACGCGCCUUUCCAGCGAAGCCGGAGGAGGAACAGAAGGGUCUCCUUCUGUUCCUUCUCCAGCUUCACUGAAGGGCGUUGCGCCUUCUCCCUCUCUGCGCAGAGAGAGAAGGCGCAGCGCCCCUUCAGCGACGCGCCUGUCCUGGCUUCUGCUUUAGCCCUGCGCAGCCUCUUCGGGCAGGGGGAGCCUUCAUCCCGCUGCCCUGAAGAGGCUUGGCACGGUUAUCCCAGAAGCCAGAACAGCCACACGGUAUCCCAGAAGCCAGAUCCCUCUUGCUGUUCUGGCUUCUGGGGUUCAGAAUAAGUUUUUCUUGUUUUCCGCCUCCCAAAACUAGGUGCGCCCUAUGGUCCGGUGCGCCCUAUGGAGCGAAAAAUACGGUAUUUAUUUAAAACUAUAAUGCUUUCCUAUUGGGAAUAGCCAAAGAAGCUUACAGCAGCAAACAAUUGUGUUAAGUGCAGUAAGAAUGUAUGGCUAAAAUCUUCACAAGCAGCCUCUACAAUUGUUAAGGAAUAAUUAGGAGUCGGGUAAAAACUCAGAGAUACACAAAUUGCCCAUUGAAAACCCUUAGAGAGUUAAAAAGGUCUUGGCUUGUCCUCUGAGCAGUACAUCAAUGAUGGUGUCUUCACAAACCUGCCUUGUGAAGUAUCCCAAGAGACAUGCUCCUACAGUGGCUCCCAAACUCACCCCCCCAUCCCCACCUCACAAACCCAGCUGAAAAUUUCUGAGGGUCUUGGUACACCUCUGAGCUAUUUUUCCAUCUGUCGUAGCAGUUGCCAUGCUAGACGCUGUAUGAUUCUUAAUUGUACCUGCGUUGCUUCUUUAAUUUUUUUAUUGUAUUUUAUCGUGUUACUGUUCAAAUUCUGCGGAAUUAAAACUGUGACGCAGUAAAACACAAUAUAAUAAAUAAGACGCAGUAAAACUACAAUUAGAAAUCAAUAUGAAUGUUUAAUGGAGACAGGCUGCAAACCAUCAGGAUGAAACAGGUGGAGUUUGAGAAUCCCUGCUCAGUGUUAGAAAUUUGCCAGGUGCCAUUUUGCUACUGGUGGGUCCAGUUGAGACCAUGUGGAGAUCUCUGGAUGGCAGGUUGGCAAAUGACACCUGCAUCUUGCUGGAAAGCUUUCUUAAGCAGGUAAGCAGAAGAACUGAUUUAUCGUGUUUAUAUCCCUUUUUCUCCAAGGAGUGCAUAAGUUGUAAAUUACGUAAUUUGAGAUUUUUUCCCUUUAAAAUAUAAGGCGGUAUAGAAAUGAAAUUAAUGAUCCUAAUAAGAAAAGGGCCUAGACAUUCCGUUGUGGCGGCUGUAACUCAUGUUUAAAGUGUCAUUUGGCAAUUAGCUUCUGUAUCUGAGUUUCUAACUGUUAUGUACUGAAGUUCUCACCCUGGGCCAGCAGGGGGAUACUGUAGAUACUUAUGCAAAUGAAGGAUCGAAAGUGACGUUCAGCGAUUGGAUAGUUUUAGAAAGUUGCUACAGUUACGUUGUUGUGGAGCUCUAUAUAAGCAGGCUGACUGAGCUCUUCAGUUCAGUCCUGUUUGGCCUUUGAAUAAACAAGAGCUGUUUGAAGAAUCGCUGUGUCGUCUGAUAUGUUCGCCCACAACUUAGCACUAACACUGCCCGUGCUGUAGGGUACCAUGAGAGGACUAAACGGGAACAUGCAAUGGGGGGAUUCUGUGAACUCCAAACACUGAUCCAUGAUGGGCGACUUUUUCCCAGGGAGUGGAAUUCUGGUAUAUCUGGGACAGCAGAGAAAACGUCUCUGCUAUCAGAUGUUUAGGAGACCCUGAGCUAGGUCACUGGUCUCCAUGCCUAUAUAAAGGAGCUGUUUCUGAGAAACUCACUCUUUUUUUAUAUCCACCAGGCCGCUCUGCUAACCUCACUUGAGGAAUAAUAAUCAUUCCUUGCUAAGGGCACUCUGGAAUCCAUUUCCUGUCUGGUGUUACAUUCUAUUUUUCUUUACUCUUGUUAAAAAUAGGUUGCAAAGGAAACAAUCAGUUUGGACACAGUUUGAAUGGCCCGAAAGGAAAUGUAUGGAACGAUUUGCAGCUGUUAUUUAUAUAUUUCACAUAUUUCUCCUUUCUCUGGCGUAUUGCAUUUCGGAGGAGAGCUGAAACAUCUGAUGACAUCAUCCAACAGGAUUUUUAUUAUUUUUGCUUCUUUCAAGAGGUUGCAUUCAUUUUGAUAUAUGGUGGAUUGCUUUUUAGCAUAUUUUCCCAAUACAGCAAAAUGUUGCUGCAAUUUGCAAUUUUUAUAAAGAAAAUUAUGGCAUGAUUAGCUACAAUUCUGUAUAAUACAAAGCACAUGCUGAGUAAGAUCUUUGGAGAUCAUUCCUUAGUUCAUACUGGGUUUUUGCCCAUCUUUGCGUUUCCUUUGGGAGAUAAUUUUUAUGAUUAUGGAAAACAGGAAGGCUGUGCUCACACUGUCCUGCACUGUGCAUUUAUUCUCUGCAUUCCCAGGACUGGGUUUUUAAUAUAUGUUCCAUUGAUGUACCUUGCUAUAAGAUACUACUGUUUGAGGCAUUGUUCUUAAACCAGCUUCACAUGGUUUGCUUGUUCUUGAUUCAUCUCUAGCCCAGGUGUGAACACUUUUGCAUAGAGCAACAACAUUCUCCUCCCAGCAGCAGACGCCAGUGUCUAAACAAGGAGAAACGGUUUCAGUGCAAACUUGGAGGCAGAAUCCCGUGUAUUCUGAAAUUUCACAAUGUGGAAGCUGCUAUUUGGUCUCGAACUCAGAAUCCUGUGAAUAUGUCCUGAAAGCAAACCAAACAAGGUGGUAGUCCCUAAGAUGGUAAAGAUAGGGUUGAAAAAAGUUGGGAAAAGUCUGGAGAAACUUCAGCAGCCACCGUACAGAGUAGUGCUUAGCCAGGCUACCUUGCUCUGGCGGGCAGCAAAAAACCUGGGAGGUUUAACAGCCCCCAUUGGGUUAAUAGACUCUGCAUGUAGGCUGUGCUUAACUUUGGUAGGUCACAACUUGUUCAGGCCUGAUCUGUCCAGCGAGAUCCUGACUUUGUUUCCAAGACUUUUCGGUGCAGUGUACCCAAUGCAUGCCCGAAUGUUGCACUGAAAGCAGAUGCCGACUUUUCAUUCCUCAGUCUGCUGCUUCUCCUGUCGUGCUUCAGAUACUCAGAGGGGGAACAUUCCUGUAAGAGUGCUGUCAUUCACUGUGUCACAGAAGCAUGAUAAUGAAGAUCUCUGAACUUGCUGAUCCUGGAAUGAGAAGGGCAGGCCUUUAAAACAGUGAAUGCUCAAAAGGAUACAGAUUUUUUUCUUUCUGCAUAGAAUGAUAAGAGUUGGAAGGGACCCUGAGAAUCAUCUAGUCCAACCCCCUGCAAUGCAAGGAUAUGCAGCCGUCCCAUACGAGGAUCAAACAUAUUGUCAGCACCAUGCCUCUAACCAGCUGAGCUCCCAGUGCCUUGUAGCUCAGCCCACGAUCCCUGUGUAAACGUUUGCCUACUGUUAUGUACUGAAGUUCUCACCCUGGGCCAGCAGGGGGAUACUGUAGAUAGUUCAGGUCCACAUAUGCAAAUAAGGGAUCGAAAGUGACGUUCAGUGAUUGGAUAGUUACAGAAAAUGGUUACUGUUGCGUUGUAGUGGAGCUCUAUAUAAGCAGGCUGGCUGAACCCUUCAGUUCAGUUCUCUUCUGGCCUGUGAAUAAACAAGAGCUGCUUGAAGAAUCGCUGUGUCGUCUGAUAUGUUCACCUGCAACUUAACACCUACAAUGUGCCUCUAGAUCGGGGUCGGCAAACUAAGGCCUAGGGGCUGGAUGCGGUCCCCCCGGCUUGUAAAUCCAGCCCGCAGACCCUGCCGCCCGCUCGGUCAGUCCCCGUGCUCUGCGGAUGGCUUGCUGCAUGGGGAUUGACAUCCAAGAUGCUGGCACGGCUUCAGAUUGGCUGCAGGAAGUUCCUGCAGCCAAUCUGAAACCUCGUUGCCUGCGCGCUGAGGUAAACCCAGCGCGGCCAUGGAUGGAGAGGCCGGUGGGCGGACGGCGGGUCUGGGCCGUGCCAUGGGCAUCAUGAUGGGCGUGUUGUGGGGCUUCAACCGGAGCUUGGUGCGCCUGGUGCUUGGCUUGGCGCUGCUGCUGGUGGCGCACUCGGCGGCCACGCUGGAGCAGCUGGAGGGCGAGCUGCACACACCUGCCUGGCACUCCACAUGCGCAGCCUGCCCGCUGACCUGGCCUUCGAUGAAGGGCCGCAGCGCAUGGUGCACACUGCCUGGGAGCUCCGCGGGGACAGGCCGAUGGAGCAGCUGCUGUUCGUCAACAACGCCGGUGAGCAGGCAGUGCUGAGACGGGCUCCUGAGUGCGUGCAGAGUGCGUUCCUCCUCCAGGUCUGGAGGCAGCUGCAGGACCUGCUUGCAGAAUAUUUAUAUUUUUCAAAAUAUGGUCCGGCCCCCGCAAGGUCUGAGGGACUGGCCCCCUGAUGAAAAAGUCUGCUGUCCCCUUCUCUAGAUGUAUAGGUUCCUGGUUUCCCCUCAUAAAUAUUUUGCUGCUGUGCUUUAAAGAUCCAAAAGGCUGGGAGAAGAUGUGGCCUUUUUUUCAGAUGAGGGCAACAUUUAAUUUCUAACCACCUUCAGCAAUAACCCAGUGGUCUGAAAAUCUGCACGUUCCUGCCUGCUCAAGGAGUCUUUUGAGCCAUCCAGAGAGCCCACAGUGGAGUUUGCCUUUCGUUUUCAGUGACACUAUGGAUUCUGGAAUAUCUACCCAUGGUGCACUGCUUCUGAAUUGGGACACUGUGGCCCAGUUGAAACAUGGCAGCAGUUGUGAACAAAAUACAGUACUUGUCCACGUAAGCGUUGUCAGAUAGCUUCCGCCUCAGUUUUUUGCAUGACUUUUCCCCUCUGAGAAAAUUAAAUUUCUUUUUCUCUGCACUCACACGUGUUGCUGGAAUUAAUGCUUGCGAGGUUCCAACUGGGAAGGUGCUUGUGAGGCAAGUGGGGCGUCAAGGGGAAAAUGAGGCACUUGGCGAAGAACUCAGCCUCCAAAAAUUGCAGCUUACCAACAAGAACAGCAACAAGUUUGUAGCCUUCUGGGCUGUAAAGGGGGCUACCCCACAAAACUCUUUGAUCAUUGGGUGACUUGCAGAAAUAAGCAUCUAUAUUACACACAUGAUUUUCCACCGUGAGUCAAAGCAGGAUAGCCUUUGUGAUGAUUUUUAGGGUUGCCAUAUUUCAAACAGUGAAAAUUCAGACAGAAAAGUUGAGCCUUUUUUGGCAAAGUUUUGCCCAAAGUUGUUGGCAAAAUCACAAAGAGCCGUUUUUUAGCUAUGUUUAUGGGAAAUAGGCAAAAAUGGCAUUGUCAACAUGGGCUGCCAUAUGUAAGGAUUUUCCAGGACAUUUGGCCUAUUUCUGUCCGGACAUGGCUGCCGACUGCAGUAUUCCAGUUACUUCCGGGAAAUGUCUGGACGUAUGGCAGCCCUGUGAUUCCUCUCCCCUCCCUCCCAGCUUAGUACGUAUACAUGGGUGGAGCAUAUCUCCAAUGUGGGAAAAUACUUGUGCCCAUGGGGUUCUAGGAAGACAAUGGAUUGGUGGUGUUCAAGACCAGAAGUUCUAGCCCCUGUGUUCAGUGCAGCUGGCAGUUCUGUGUAUACAAAAAUAUUUGUCAGAGUAUCUGGGACAAUAAAAAAAUCUCAUAUAAAGUUGUAGAAGCAGUAGGGUUGUGUGUGUUUGUUGUUGUUUUUUAAGGGUGUUUUAGAACAGUGUUGUACAAAAGCAAACUGGCACGUUGUACCAUUUUCCUGUAGCCAAAGGCCUUCUCUCCCUUCCAGUUCGCACGUCAUAGUGGACCAUAGAUUAAUGGAUUACAGUGGCCUUCCCAUUUUAGCCUAACAACAACAACAACAACUUAGAGACGACCAAGAGUGAAAAGCCUAUGGUCACCCAGUGAGCUUCAUGGCUGAGUGGAGAUGCAGCCCUGGUUCCAAUCCAGCACUCUGCCCACCACAUUACCCUGAUUCUGUUAAGUAUCCUAACAAAUUUCACAAAUUUCUCAUUCAUUCACAGAGUGCAGUGCCCAACAGUGUGUCUGUGUGUGUAUACAAAAAUAUAAAUACAGUGUACAUAAUAAUACAGACCUACUAGGAUGGUCUCCUCUGACUAGGCACAGGUUUUCCCCAACUUUGCUACCCAAGAUCUUUUUUAAAAAAGAGGUCAGGAUUGCAUUUGGCAAAUUGUACGUACCAAGCACGUGCUCUUCCCCUGAGCUGCAGCCUCACCCCUUGGCAGACAGGCCUGCACUUGUUAAUACUACGGGCGAGGGCUGCGAAAACACUUCUGGCUUGCCUGGUCUGCUCACGCUCACCUGACCCACAUGUCCUGGGCAAAGAACACAUGAGAACCGAUGCCCGCACAUGGUCGUUAUGCAAGAUUGACAACCGGUUUCAAGAUUAAAAUGAUACCCGUUUCCUCUAGGCUGGGGCUGAGUCUGCAUCACAACAUUGGCACUGCCGGCAGCAGGGUGAGCAGCUGGGAGAUACGAACGGUUGACAUUUAAAAUUGAGGCUGGCCUUGGGAUGACCCGCUAUUGACAUGCCACUCAGAAAACCACAACAGUGAUGAUAGAAAAGGGAUCAAGCUAGUCGGCUGUGUGAAUCCCUCUCUCCGGCAGGUCUGCUCUAAACAGAUCCAGGCUCUGUGUUCAAAUAUCAUUCAUGGCUUUUACAGUUCCUGAUUUUUAUUUGGCACGUGAUCGUAAUCCUGUCUUAUUUUGUAGUGUGGCAGUGUUUCGUGUUUUUAUAUUGCAAGUUGCCGUGAGACUUUAAAAACCUUUUAAAGGUGGUAUAAAAAUAUUUUAAAUGAUCUUCUGUCUGAGGACGUGCUGCUUUCUGCAUGCUAAAUUUGACUUGGAAUGUGGCUUCUGACGUGUGAUCGCAGAGCGAGAGAGUACACCCAUAAAUCAGUUUUCAGGGCUGGUUCAGACAUGCAUGCUCUCAUUACUUGAUGGAAACUGUGAUUUGCAUGUAUGAAUGGGAAAUCACAGGUCAUAGACAGGCUGUUCAUACCACUUGGCCCUUGUGGCCCCUUCCAACUCUGCAAUUCUACAAUUCUAUGUCAUGCUUUUCAUUGGCAUUUAUACACACACUCCGUAUAAGGGAGCUUUCUACAUUCCUCUAGGACAGGCAUGUCCAACUUUCAAGAGAUUGACAUCUACUCCCAUUAUAAAAAAACUGGCAGUGAUCUACCAAAGCUGUUGAGCUUUAUUUUUUUGGGGGGGGAGCGAUCUACCACAGAGCCCUCACAAUCUACCAGUGGAUCACUAUCUACCUGUUGGCCAUCCCUGCUCUAGGACUAGGCAAUGGCUGUGAUUUCCUAUCUGUUCAAUCUGAGGGGAAACCAGCAUGGGGGAGAUCUGGUUUGGGGCUUGGCACCACACGUGACUUGAUGCCAGGGAGCACACCAGGUCAAGAGUGGCAUGGCAGGAUCAUGCCAACCUGCACAGUCAAACAGACCGAGCAGGUUUUGCAGAGAGUCGUUGCAGGGUUUGCCGAGGAGCUCUGAGCACAAACUGCUGACAGCCUGCUUUCACUCUCUCUCCGGUGUCUUCUCCAGAUGGUUGCCCUCCUGGCUAGUGGCAGCUAGUGCCCAUUGGGACUGGUAGGGCAGAAAGCAAAGAGGCCAACAGUCGGCAGAGUCAAUGACAGGAAGAGUCAGCAAGUUCUGGUUCUGUCUAUGUCUAGCUCCUUGCUGAGUUUUCCAAGGACAAAACCGAGGGGAGGAAGAUGACAGCCAGGACCACCACUGUUGUGGACUGGCUGGCUGCAGAGGAGUGGUGGGAGGCUGGGUAACCCCAAAAGGAACCACCAAUAGAAGGAAGCUCAGAGCCAGGGAUUGGUGGUAGAACAACAAUGAGUGGUCAGAGGAAACAUAUAAAAGGUAAAGGUAAAGGGACCCCUGACCAUUAGGUCCACUCGUGGCCAACUCUGGGGUUGCGGCGCUCAUCUCGCUUUAUUGGCCGAGGGAGCUGGCGUACAGCUUGCGGGUCAUGUGGCCAGCAUGACUAAGCCGCUUCUGGUGAACCAGCGCAGCGCACGGAAACGCCGUUUACCUUCCUGCUGGAGCGGUACCUAUUUAUCUACUUGCACUUUGACGUGCUUUCGAACUGCUAGGUUGGCAGAAGCAGGGACCAAGCAACAGGAGCUCACUCCGUCGCGGGGAUUCGAACCACCGACCUUCUGAUCGGCAAGUCCCAGGCUCUGUGGUUUAACCCACAGCGCCACCCGCAUCCCUGAGGAAACAUAUACCAGAAAGUAAAUCCUAUUGAACUCAGUGGGACCUAGUUUGGAGUAAAAAUGCUUCGGAUUGCAAUAUAAGGCUGCCCAGUCUUUUCCCAGUAACCUGGGAGUAAGCUCCAUUGAAUACAGUGGGGCUUACUUCUGAGCAGACAGUGUAAGGCUCCAUUUACAAUAAAGGAAUAAACACACCCCGCAUUUCCUAAGAAAUGCUUGCUGAAGUGGAUCCAAUUUAAAGUGGAUGGGUGACACUUUCCUUCAAAAUUAUAGGAAGGGCUUCAUAUGCCAGCUUCACCAUUUCCUUCAUUUGGUGCACAGAUUUUAGUUUCAGGAUAAACAGGACUCUGUUUCUGCACCUGCAUGUACACCACUUUUAAUUGUUCUCCGAGACGUGGAGGAGAGGAAAAGAAGCGGGACAUUCCAGGAUCAAAUCAGAAACUGGGAUUGUUAUGUACUGAAGUUCUCAUCCUGGGCCAGCAGGGGGAUACUGUAGAUAGUUCCGGUCCACAUAUGCAAAUAAGGGAUCAAAAGUGACGUUCAGUGAUUGGAUAGUUACAGAAAGUUGUUACAGUUACGUUAUACUGGAGCUCUAUAUAAGCAGGCUGGCUUAGCCCUUCAGUUCAGUUCUGUUCUGGCCUGUGAAUAAACAAGAGCUGUUUGAAGAAUUGCUGUGUCGUCUGAUAUGUUUACCCACAACUUAACAGGGAUGGCUUCUGUAAUUCCAGGACUGUUCCUGGAAAAUCAGGAUACUUGGAGGAGAUGACCAUUGGCUCUGGCUGUGAUUGGCUCUGACUCCCCCACCACUGGUCCACUUCCUUUCUGCCCUACCAACCCCAAUGAGCACCAAACAUCACCAGUAAUAUGUCGUGUUGCUCUGCUACAGGGUGUCUGUGGUGGCGGAAAUCUGGAGGGGAAGCCUCUUCAUCUAGAAGCUUCCGCCUCAAAAACAGAUCCUGCAAAUUCCGCCGAUCCUCAAAAUUCCUCCCCUCCCCUAUACAAGAGGGGAUUUCCUGAGCCCCACGUUGGCCAGUACAGUAAUAAUUUGAAAGCGAGAGGAGCCUUUAUUUUUUUAAGGACAAUAUGCCUGCCAUCAAAGGCUUGGUCAUCUUCCAAGUUCAUUAAAAUAUGUUAAUUACGUACAAGUGAAAACACUUAAGUUUGGCCCUUCAACCCUUUUACUGAGUUUGCAAGGCGGCUACCAGUGUUGAACAGAUUGCUUGCCCCAAAGCAGAACUUCAACACAAUUUAUGACCACCCUGUCUCCAUGUAGCAACUGCCGUCUUUUCUUGAGCGAGUUGCUUGCUGGGCAUUCACUAAUUGAGCUGAGCACCCCACUCCCCCUCCACCCCCCAGCUGCCUUACGGAGUCCCUUUGUCCUGCUUGGCUUCCCAGCAAUGCAAAUUCAGAAUCGCAGGAGCAGGUUCUUGAUACGCUUUGAGCUGCCUCUGCUGUGAGCCGGCUUUUGUGAACAAACCUCCGCCUGCGAAAGUAGAAUUGGACCACCUUGUAAGACGUGCCUCCCCCCUCCGUGUGUGUGUUGUAUAACGUAUGUUUGCCCCAAAGAAUGGUUCUCUUGCUGUUAAAUUUAUGCACUAUGCAGGCAUCUGCACUAAGCGUUUGACGCAUCAUCAUGUCACUUCAUGCAAACCAAAAGAAUCCUGGGAACUGUAGUUUAAGGCUGCUAAGAGUUCUUAAGAGACCUCUGUUCCCGUCACAGAACUACAAAUCCCAGAGUUCUCUGGGAAGAGAGGUUGAGUGCGUACCCUCCAACAUUUCUCCAAUGAAAAUAGGGACAUCCUGAGGAAAAGCAGGACGUUCUGGGACCAAAUCAGAAAGCAGGACUGCUUCUGUAAAUCCAGGACUGUCCCUGGAAAACAGGGACACUGGGAGGGUCUGUGGUUGUUAAAUUUCCUUUGGAAAUACCCAGCUUACCUGACCAUUUGUGCUCCCCUGUUCUCUUAGUUAUCUGGAAGCAGCAGAAAAGCUGCCUGACUCAAAGGCCUCCUUUUUAAACUAUGGUUUAGUACUAUGUGAACCCUGCCCCCACAAACUUAACUAUGGCUUGCUUACCAUUAACAAACCAUGGUAUGAAGUUAUGGUUUGUUGUUGGUGCACAAACUUUGGUUUGUUUCCGUUGCAGCUUGGUGUCAUGUCUGAACCCAGAACCCUCUCUUAGCCAUGGUUUGUUUGACCACUCCAAAUGCUCAUCAAACCACAAAGGGUUGAGGUAAGAACAGCUGGGGAGCGAGCCAAACAUUAGAGAAACAAAUUGUGGUUUCUUUGAUCACCUGUGGGAGAACCUGUGGUGUGUUAAACAAACAUUGAUUUAGGAUUAUGGGGAAGCCAGCCAUUUGUUUGGUGGCCAGUGCAAUCUCACACACAUGCACUGCACGCCCUUGCACCCCCUCAAUCUUGGGUGCGAGUCAGUGCCUCUGAUGCAGUAAAUGCCCAUGCAAAUACGUUCCCCAGCUGUGUGGGUGUGUGUUGAGCAUGGAAGUCAUGUCGUGCAAUGCAGUGCCCUUGCAACAAACGGUUGCGCUAGUGAUUGAGGUGUAGAAUGCAUCUGCAGGAAUAUACCAGGCACUUAUAACAUCCUAAACUCUGGUGCUCCUAUUAAUGGCUUGGAAAUAAAACUCAGCAAAGGGUGUGUAGGUAGACGGAAGGCUCACAGUAGCCUUUGCUGCUGUGUCGUGUAGGGCAUAAUCUGUGUGGAUCGUGAAGCAAGUCCAUGCUUUUAGCCCUGUCCUGACUGGGGUCACUGUCUCCUUGCAACAACAGCAUGUUGCACGUGCUUGUAUGCAGAACGCAAGUACCUACGCUCAUGUAGGGAGCUGCAUGUGGUCAGGAUACCCACACGGUGCAAGUGGUUGUGCGAUUUGUGGCAGUGUAGCCUAUUUUGCGACUGGUGCAGGUCCAAUUGCGACCACGUGGAGAUCACUGGGCACCAGGUUGUCAAAUGACCUCUCCAUCUGGCUGGCCCUUCCAGCUUUCAUAAGCAGGUCCCCAGAAGAGUUUAUUUAUUGCAUUUAUAUCCCAUCUUUUUCUCCAUGGAUGACAUGGUUCACCCCUCUCCUCAGUUAAUCCCUACAAGGACCCUGUGGGGUAGGUUAGGAGGCUGUGACUGGCCCAAGGUCACCCAGUGAGCUUCAGGACAGAGUGGGGAUUUGAACCCUGAUCUCCCAGGUCCUAGUCCAACUCUAACCACUACACCACACUGGCUUUUUAUGAGUGCUUCUGCUAUGGUGCAACUAUAUAAAUUAAGUAGCUAAAUAAAUAUGGGAAAAGCAAAAUGUCACUUAGAUAAGGAUCUGAUAUAUUUUCCUUGAAGCUUGAAUUUGUUUUUUUUCUGGGUUGUUUUAUUUGAGGUUUUAAUGUGUUGUAAACAGCUUUGAGAUUUCCCCCCCUUUAAAAUAUAAAGUGGCAUAGAAAUGAAAUGAAUAAUAAUAAUAACAAUAAAUGCUGUUGCAAAAAAAAAAAAAAAGUACCUAGAUAUUUCAUUGUGAUGACCAUGGCCUAGAUUUAAGGUACCAUUUGGAGAUCACCUUAAAUACCUGAUUUUCCAAUACUGCUUCUCAGGAGAAUGGAACUGUUGAUGCACAAGUAACCUGUAGUGCAGUUUUGGGAUCUUGGGGAAGCAAAAGCUGGUAAACCACAACCAUCCUGAUGUAUUUAAUCUAGGUGUUUGCUGAAUCAGAACUCCCAUAGUCCAGAGCCAUUCAUUGAGUUUGGAGGUCGAGGCUGAUGCGAACUGUAUCAUGAAGGCAGUGAGGCAGCCCAGGAUGCUCAUCUCUGGUCUAAUGUCACUACAGUGGUACCUCUGGUUAAGAACUUAAUUCAGAGGUCUGUUCUUAACCUGAAGCACCACUUUAGCUAAUGGGGCCUCCCGCUGCCGCCGCGUGAUUUCUGUUCUCAUCCUGAAGCAAAGUUCUUAACCCGAGGUACUAUUUCUGGGUUAGCGGAGUCUGUAACCUGAAGCGUCUGUAACCUGAAGUGCUGUAACCCGAGGUACCACUGUACUAGCAUUAACUACAAAGGAGAAACACAUGACAUCUUUUCCUGACAGGAUAGGGGUAUGGCGCUGUGCUCUUCCUGAAUCAGUGGAGAGGGAAAAUUGGGAGCCGUCAAGGAGACUGUGUCUCCCCGGUAACUGUCUGCUCCUUCUAGAGAGAGGUUUGUUGUUCUCCCCUCGAGACCCAAUGCUCUGCUGGCUUCCGGCAACUGCCUAGGAAGGAGUCCUAGGAAGGAGCCCAUCCACCGCAAAGACUUAUAAUGAAACGGCCAAUCAGAAAGACUACAAAGCCUUUGAUUCCACCAAAAGCACUAGAAGCAGAGGCUAUGUAUCUCCUACAAGUUCUGUGCAAGUGUUAAAGAAAGCAUAGAAAGGAUGCCCAGUGCUGGGCAAGGAAUCUAGCUUUUUAUAAAACACAAAGUUUCUAGCUUUUACAGAUGAAUCGCCCUUAGCCCUUGUGAAAUCUAACUUGAUUUAUUAGUUUGACUUCCUCCAUGGAGGCAGUGAGAGAUUUUCCCUUCUUGGGCUCCAUGGUCACUGCAGAUGGUGACAGCAGCCACGAAAUUAAAAGAUGCCUUUUCUUCUUGGGAGAAAAGCAAUGACAAUCCUAGACAGCAUCUUAAAAAGCAGAGACAUCACCUUGCCAACAAAGGUCCGUAUAGUUAAAGCUAUGGUUUUCCCAGUAGUGAUGUAUGGAAGUGAGAGCUGGACCAUAAAGAAGGCUGAUCGCCAAAGAAUUGAUGCUUUUGAAUUAUGGUGCUGGAGGAGACUCUUGAGAGUCCCAUGGACUGCAAGAAGAUCAAACCUCUCCAUUCUGAAGGAAAUCAGCCCUGAGUGCUCACUGGAAGGACAGAUCCUGAAGCUGAGACUCCAAUACUUUGGCCACCUCAUGAGAAGAGAAGACUCCCUGGAAAAGACCCUGAUAUUGGGAAAGAUGGAGGGCGCAAGGAGAAGGGGACAACAGAGGACAAGAUGGUUGGAUAGUGUUCUCGAAGCUACCAGCAUGAGUUUGACCAAACUGCGGGAGGCAGUGGAAGACAGGAGUGCCUGGCGUGCUCUGGUCCAGGGGGUCACAAAGAGUCGGACACGACUAAACAACUAAACAACAACAACAACAUGAGACCAGGUUCCAGUGUACAUCUCCUUUCCCCAACAAGGUGUCCCAGAUGUUGGACUGCCAACUCCCACCAGUCCCAGCCCACACGGCAGAUGGUCAGGGAAAGAUGCGAGAUGCAGUCCAGCAGCAUCCGCAGGGAACCCCGGUUAUGAAGCUACGUGACAAUCUACCUCCCCUCUUGCAACCGCCUGCUUUGUCUUCACAACAACCCUGUUGUUAGAGGUGGUGAUUAGGGCAAGGUCUUCCAGUGAGCUCUGUGGAUUAGUGGAGAUUUGAACCAGGGUUUCAAAAGAACAUAGGCCAAAGACUCUUUUAGUCCAGUAUCCUGUUCUCACAGUGGCCAAACUGAUGACUAUGAGAAGCCCACAAGCAAGUCCUGAGCACAACAGCAACCUCUCUACUUGUGAUUCCCAAAAAACUGGCAUUCCUUUUUUUAAAAAAAAAUAAUUUUUAUUGAGUUUUCCACUUAAAUCAUAUUCACAUUUUGUUACAUAAUUCUAUGACUUAAUAUAUUACUCUGUAAGAGCAUCGACCUCCUUCCCUCCCUCUUUCUGACUUCCGCAUAACUUUCCAUAUUCUUCGCAUUUCUAUAAGCACUUAUUUACCCUUUGUCAAAUUAUAAUAUUUCACCUUAUUAUCGGUAAAUCAGUUCCUUAUAUUUAUAUUACAAAACAUUUCAAUUCAAGCCUACAAACGUUUUCAGAUGUUUACAAUUUUCUCUCAUAUAAAAUAUAAAUUUGUUCCAGUCCUUUUGAAACAGUUUGUCACGCUGAUUCCGGAUCUUCCCCAUCAACUUGGCCAUCUCUACGUAUUCCCAUCAUCUUGACCUGCCAAUCUUCCAGUGUCGGAAGUUCCUGCUGCUUCCAUUUCUGAGCCAGAAGUGUCCUUGCAGCCGUUGUGGCAUACAUAAACAUGUUUACAUCACUCUUAUGUAUUUCCUCACCAAUUAAUUCUGAUGUGUUCAGUGAAGGUAGGCUAUAGCCCUUGUGGCUAUUAGCUGCUGAUAGCCUUAGCCUUCAUGAAUGGUUCCUUUAAAGCCAUGUAAGUUGGUGGCCAUUGCUACUUCUCCCUAGUCCGAUGCUCUAACCACUACACUACCCAGAUUCUCUGGAAUCUGUAACAGGCGUAAAGGUAAAGGGACCCCUGACCAUUAGGUCCAGUCGUGGCCGACUCUGGGGUUGCGGCGCUCAUCUCGCUUUAUUGGCCGAGGGAGCUGGCGUACAGCUUCCGGGUCAUGUGGCCAGCAUGACUAAGCCACUUCUGGCGAACCAGAGCAGCGCACGGAAACGCCGUUUACUUUCCCGCCAGAGCGGCACCUAUUUAUCUACUUGCACUUUGAAAUGCUUUCAAACUGCUAGGUUGGCAGGAGCAGGGACCGAGCAACGGGAGCUCACCCCGUCACAGGGAUUUGAACCGCCGACCUUCUGAUCGGCAAGUCCUAGGCUCUGUGGUUUAACCCACAGCGCCACCCACGUCCCUAUAGUAACAGGCAUAGCCAGGUGGAAAUUCUGCAAAGAAAUGGCACGUGUGCAAAUGCCCUUGAUCUGUACAGGUUUUGGAACUCUGGUAACCUUUGCAACGGAGUACGCAUGACCCCAGUUACCUGGCUGGGAGUGGAGAGAGCAGCUGGAUAGUUUUGCCUGAAUUGCUGGUGACAAAUAGCCUGUUGCUAUUAAUCCUCCUGCUGGCGUGCUGAGUGUUACUUCCCAUUCUGCUCUAAUGAGCCGAGGAUCUUGGCCGCUGCCCCCCUCCACGCUGCAAGGGCCUGCCUCAAGCAGAGUGGUUGGGCUAUGAAUGGGGCCAGCCUGUCUGGGCUCUCUAGCCUUCAGCUUCGGCUUGGCUUGGAGAUUCCUGCUUGCCCGCUAGCUAUGAUAUCUCCAGCAGAUGUCUCUCAGCUGUUCUUGGCAGCUGGCGGGGAGAUGCAAAGGCAAGGAGCAGGGAGGUGGAGGAGGAGGAGGAGGAGAAGAAGGAAGUGAAGGCAUUCCAUCGGUGCUUCCAGCUGCUAUCGCGAAAUAGACCGCUGCGACCUUUUCUUUUAAACUCCAGGGAGAAAGAUUACUGAAGGCAAGAAAAAUUAAGUGAAAUGAUGUUUAUGGGGGUGGGAAGAAGGGGGAAGUUAGUUUCCGCAAAGCCCGAUAUAGCCUUGCCUCCUUUUCAAUUUGUUCUGUUUUCAAUUUGUGUGCCACCUUUCUAAAUUGGGAUGUCAGGAAACUGCUUUUAUAUCGAGUCGGUCCAUUGGUCUUUCCAGCUUAGUAAUUGAGUGGCAGCAGCUCCCCACUGCUUCAGGUAGGGUCCCCCCUCCCCAGUCCUACCUGGAAUAUACCUGGUACCACCUACAUGCAAGUAGCUGCCCUGCCACCCAGCUGUGGCCUUCCCUGCCCCCCAGUUACUGUACCCAAGGCAGUUAACAACCCACAGAAAUGACAAAGCGUAUAAUAAUAAUAAUAAUAAUAAUAAUAAUAAUAAUAAUUUUUAUUUAUACCCCGAACUCCCCAGCCAAGACCGGGCUCAGGGCGGCUAACACCAGGUAUAAAAACAAUUGAUUAAAAUACAACUUUAAAACAAGAUUAAAAUACAACAUUAAAAUGCAGCCUCAAGGAAAAUCGCAUUGCUUCUCUGUAGCAGUUCAAAUGAUACCUAAAAGCAAAUUAAUAAGAGGAAUCCAAUUUCACACAUAGCAUUACAAAAUGCUAACGGAGUAUCACUAAACAUUUAAAAAUUUUUUUUUAAAAAAAAUUAAAACAUUUUUUUAAAAAGCCAACCCCACUGGUUACCCAUUGGUUACAAGAAGUAUAAUUGCAGAUGGACAAGAUGACAGCAGCAAAAACACAGGGAAACAAAAUGCGGAAAAAGGAAUAACUGAGCAGCUAGAUCACAUCUUUCCUUCCUUAUCCUGGUUGGCCAUAUGUUACCCAAGCCAUCCUGAGAACAGGACACCGCCAUCUCCAUAGAUUCAGGAUCAGGGUGAGCUUAAGCUGGCACUGCAGAUGUUGGGUGCCACAAAAUCAGCUUCCCCAUUUGGUGUUGAUUCUGUGUGUGGUGUGUGUGUGUGUGGAUCUGCACCCCCCCCCCCAAUCUCUGAACUUAAAUGAUCUGGAAUCAGAGCAAAGUUCAUUUCAAUUCUUUGCAAACAUCUCAGCCAACUAGCAGGUAUUUGGUAGGCCAGUGAUAACUGGCCAAUAUGUGGGUCAUGGUUCUACCUACUGCCUUUUCCUCUUCCUCAUCACACUCUAGGCUUUUGUUUCUACAGACACCUCCCACCCCACAAUCUCAUGUCUCCUCUUUCUGCUGUCCCCAUGCCCCUUCUCCCCAAUGCAAGGAUCUUUGGAUUCUCAACGGAGCAAACUAAAAGUUUGUCAUUAACAAAACCCAGACCUGGAGGGGCAGCCCUUGUCCUUAAAUGGCCGGCAUAAGGUCCAGUUGCCGCUGCCACUUUUGUGUUUGUGUGUGUACCUAUGUGCCUCGAUGUUGCACAAUGACACUGUAAAGCUGGGGCAAAGGCCCAGAUCAAAGAGAUGGGAUGGACCCUGAGGAUCAUGUAGUCCAGCUGCCUGCAAUAUCCUGGUUUUAAGAGCAUAAGAGUAAGAUUAUGGCUGGGGAGGAUUUUCCAAACUCAGCGGUAAGGAGCCUUGCACAAUAUAAUAAUGCACCAUUUUGGCAUCUCUAGUUAGGGAAUUUGAGGACCAGCGUAACUUUCCUUCUGAGACCUUGAAUAUCUGUUGCCAGUCAGAGCUCACAAUAUUGAGCCAGCUCAAGUCAUUGACUUUCCAAUUCGUUGUUGCUUUCUCAAAUCUCAGCUUUAAUUUUUUGAAGAGAGGGCGAGUUUCUAGUGCUCGUUAUGGUAGAGAAGAAACUGGGAAAAUGACGUGUUAUUUAUUAUUAUUAUACACAUAGCACAGGUUUUGCCAACCUGCCGCUUCCCUGUUGUUUUGAACUAUGAUUCCCAUCAGCCCCAGCCUGCCUGCCUGCCCGAUGGUCAGGAAUGAUGGGAGCUAUCGUCUAAAACAUUGAGUGCGCACCAUGCUGAGGAAGAAAGCAUUUGUCUAGCCCAGGUGUGUGAAUCUGUGGCUAUUCAGAUGCUGCUGAAUGCAGCUCCCAUCAUCCCUUGGCCAUUGGGCAUACUUCCUGGGGCUGAUGGGAGUUCUAGUUCAGCAACAUUUGUGUUAUGUACUGAAGUUCUCACCCUGGGCCAGCAGGGGGAUACUGUAGAUAGUUUUCACUCAGGUCCCCAUAUGCAAAUAAGGGAUUGAAAGAGACGUUCAGUGAUUGGAUAGCUACAGCAAAUGGUUACUGUUGCGUUGUAGUGGAGCUCUAUAUAAGCAGGCUGGCUGAACCCUUCAGUUCAGUUCUGUUCUGGCCUGUGAAUAAACAAGAGCUGUUUGAAGAAUCAUUGUGUCGUCUGAUAUGUUCACCCACAACUUAACAAUUUGGAGGGUUUCAGCUUCCCCACAGCUGAGCUAGCCCUUCAGACCCCCAAAGCAUUUCACCUAUGUCAGACUAGAAAAGAGGCUGAUUACAUGGUUUGCCUAAGGCCACGGAUUUAAGGCUGGGUUUAUCAAUGUAGCAGAAUUAGGCGGGGAUGGAGUAAUGCCAAGAUGCAGAAUGGACUGUGCCAUGUCCAGGCUGCAAGUGGGAAAAAACACUUUGGGCUGUGUUUCCACAUUAAACACCCACCUCCCUGCUGGUAGAAAACUAGCAAACCAGGGAGAAAAGUGCAAGCUCAGUCCUUUCAUGCCUACCAUGUUGUUUUCUAUUUGCAUGGAGUUAUUUAAUGCUGGGGAAACAAUCAAAACUGUGACCAUCUCUCUCAGAGGUUGCCAACUUUUUUAGACCCAGGGGCACAUUGGAGAAACCCCACCCCGCAAACACCCUUCAACCAAGCACACACUGAAGCCUAUACUAUCUCCAGUAGAAUUUUUCUUCCAAGCCUAAUUUCAAUGGAGGAGGGGCCCUUUGGAGCAUCAGGGAAGACCUUUGCGGGCACAUGUGUGCCCACGGGCACUGUGUUGACAACCUCUGACCUACAAACGACCUGAAGUGGUUUGGUCUGUUCUACCUCUGUGUGUAUAAAUCUGUGUUCAUGGCAGAGUUAGUUACAGGUAGGUAGCCGUGUUGGUCUGCUGCAGUCGAAACAAAACAAAAAAAUUCCUUCCAGUAGCACCUUAGAGACCAACUAAGUUUGUUAUUGGUAUGAGCUUACGUAAAGUGUGCAUGCAGGUGGGACGCGGGUGGCGCUGUGGUCUAAACCACAAAGCCUAGGGCUUGCCUAUCGGAAGGUCGGUGGUUUGAAUCCCCAUGAUGGAGUGAGAUCCUAUUGCUCGGUCCCAGCUCCUGCCAACCUAGCAGUUUGAAAGCACGUCAAAGUGCAAGUAGAUAAAUAGGUAGUGCUCCGGUGGGAAGGUAAACGGCGUUUCCGUGCGCUGCUCUGGUUUGCCAGAAGCGGCUUAGUCAUUCUGGCCACAUGACCCACAAAAACUGUCUGCGGACGAACGCCAGCUCCCUUGGCCUAUAGAGCGAGAUGAACGUGCAACCCCAGAGUCGUCCACGACUGGACCUAAUGGUCAGGGGUACCUUUACCUUUAAGGUGCUACUGGAAGGAUUUUUUAAAUUUUGUUUUGUUCAUGGCAGAGGUGAGGCUUAAAGUACAUGGGCUUGCUGAUUCACAGCUCUGUCUCUUCGCUGCCAUGCUGCUCAGGCUGCUACCUGCUAGAGGCUUGGGACCAUUUCCAGGGCGGCAUCUUCCCUCCAUGCGAGAGCACUUGGUAGGAUGCUUCAUGCGGAUGAAUGCACACGGAAGUAUUUCACUGGAACAGGCCAUCCCCAGAACUCGCUCGAAAGGCAGGUCCCCUGUGAGUUGCGGCUUGCGUUCCUGGAUAGACCCAGCUUAAAGAAUUGUCUUCCGUCAAGUUUACACGGAUGAUUUGUUCUGACAAAACCUGUCCGCGUGUGGGCACACACUCCAAAGCUCAUCCGGCAGAGGCAGAUUGGUGUCCUGGGAUUGGCCCAGGAUGCAGCCAUUAGGGCGUGGUGGGUGGGGGGCUCUUCUUUCUGCAUUGCAACCCCUUGUUCCUUAAUGCUGCUUGUUAAUGGUUUGCAAAUCUCAAUUCCUGAGCAGCAGAUAAUUAGGGGAAAAAAUAAUCCCAAUUUCUGCAGAUCUACCCAGGGAGCUGGGUUGGGUGGGAGGGGGAAGAGUAGGGACAGACCGUAUUUUUCGCUCUAUAAGACGCACCAGACCACAAGACGCACCUAGUUUUUGGAGGAGGAAAACAAGAAAAAAAAUAUUCUGAAUCCCAGAAGCCAGAACAGCAAGAGGGAUUGCUGCUUUCACUGCGCAGCGAUCCCUCUUGCUGUUCUGGCUUCUGGGAUAGCUGCGCAGCCUGCAUUCGCUUCAUAAGACGCACACACAUUUCCCCUUACUUUUUAGGAGGGAAAAAGUGAGUCUUCUAGAGCAAAAAAUAUGGUAAUUCAAUUUUUGUUUCAAAAAAACCUGCAAACUAUCCCCACUGCUGAAUUCAUGAUUUCUAAUGCAGAAUUUUAGGCCCCUUUCAGAUGGAUUUGUUCCUGUUACACUGCAAGCAAAUGCAGAGGUGGGGGGGGGCAUAGCAACAGCACAGAGAAAUGCAACUGGCGAAGCCAGUGUUUUUGCAUUCCUUUUCCCCACUCCAUUUCAGGAAGGACUCGGCUUCCAAGUUUCACUCAAAUGGAGUGCUGGAAGAGAAUGCAAAUUUGUGUCCCUUUUGAAGCUGCUGUACUGUUUCCUGCAGAAGAAUCUAUUUCAAAACGCUUUGGGAAGCUUCUAUACUUUUGCUUGCUUGUCUCCACCUCUUGCAUUUCUCCAUCAUUCUGGAAUGUGACAGGGCACUGGCAACGGCUGAGCAGGACCCAGGGUUUAAAUCGAAUUCCUUCCAUUAAUUUGUUAGGUAGCUGUUUGGCAAGGUGGUUUUUCCCCUUUAACUUUGGAACUGCGAUCUGGGGAUAUUCGUACUGGCUUACCUUACAAGGUAGUUGGAAUUAUUCUUUUGAGAAUGUGUGUGAAAGCACUUCUUUAAAAAACAACAUGAUACGAAUGUGAAAUAUAUUAUUAGAUUCUAUUUGUGUUGGGUGGGCAGGUAGAUGGCGCCUUUUCUGAAAACUGUUGAUUGCUAAGAGGAGUAACGUUUUGGCAUAGUUUAUAAACCAUGGUUUGCAGGUAAACCAUGGUUAUUCUUCAUAAACUGCUUAGGGGUUUUAUUUACAGUUAAGCAGUAUGCAAACUUUGUUAAAUAAGCUCUCUUGUUUUCUGACCCCAAUAUUUAGCACCAGAAAGGCUGUUAGGCUUAUGACUAAGGCAUCUAAUAAAUUCCUACAAUGUGGGGGUGACCCAUUAAUAGUAAAUGAGUGCAUAGAAGUUUAGUCUGCAGAAUUUGCCCCUGCUCCACAACCAGCGUGGAAGUGCAGAACUAGAAAAAACAACAACCGUGCCUUCUGUCAAGUAGGGUUGGCUGGGAUGGAGCACAGCUCUCCGUUCCUCCUCCACUGGCGUGCCAGUUUCCAAACUGGUCACAGAGGAAGGGGUUUUCCUUACUCCAUAGUUAGCAUGGAAACCGAGUGGACUGGUGGGGCAGUGUUGCGCCACCACCCUUCUGUUGGGAUGCUGCGGAAAGUGGAGGGCGAAGAGGUUGGGGCUGUGUGAGUGCGUCGGCGGAGCCAAUCUGGUGCUGCUGCUUUUGCACCUGCAUGGCCCUGAUCUUGCUGCCAUCCUGCACCACCCUUGCCCAUUCCUGUAAGCAGAAGCACGGCAUCGCCCUGCCAUGCACGCCCUGCCAUGCCCACAGCUCCUGAGACAGAGACGCUUCCUUGAUGUAUUGUUAGCCCAGCCACUCACCUGCAUGGAAUUCCCUGUUUUAAGAAAGAAAGGAGAAAGCAGAGCAGAAACAGGGAGUGAGAUGAUUUUCCUCUUCCAGCACCCAUGCACACACCUUCAGGGCCUCCUCCUAGCCCAGAGGUCAGCAACCUUUUUCAGCAGGGGGCCAGUCCACCAUCCCUCAGACCAUGUGGUGGGCUGGACUAUAUUUUGAAAUAAAAAUGAACGAAUUCCUAUGUCCCACAAAUAACCCAGAGAUGCAUUUUAAACAAAUGGACACAUUCUCAUGUAAAAACAUGCUGAUUCCCAGACCAUCUGCGGGCCGGAUUGAGAAGGCGACUGAGCCUUAAGGUUGCCUACCGCUGUCCUAGAGGAUAAGGAGUUCAUAUUCUUUUGGCCAUUUUUCUGUGAAACUCCUAUUCAUGCAACUCAGCCGGUUCUGACACACAGAGGAGUCCGUGGCAGAACAGGGAACCUGUCCUGUCUCCCUUGCCUUUCAGAUUGUCAGAGUGUCAAUAGGCGCUGGACCCUGUUGAUGUAACACAGUGUGUGUGAGCUGCUCUAUAAGCUCCUUUAUGUCCUUUCACUUUCAUGGCCACUCAGCAUUAUUUGCAGGAGGCAAACCAAAGCAUUUUGCUUGGGGCUUUCAUCGGAGGCAGAACGAAGCACAGAUGACAAUACAGAAAGCUCUCUCUCUCUCUCUCUCUCUCUCUCUCUCUCGUGCACACACCCAAUCCAUUUCUGUUCUCGCAGCACCUUAAAGACACACAGUUUUAUUAUGUAUGGCACAAGCUAAGGGUUGCUAACCUGCAGCCAUCCGGGUGUUAAUGGACCACAACUCCCUUUAUCCCUGGGUUCAUAGGAGCUAAGAGUCCAAAACCAUCUGGAGGCUGCCAUGUUGGCUACCCCUGGUUCGAGUUUUCACCAGAUCAUGGCGUGUAACCCUGAAUUGGCAGAUAGAUAUUCAUAAUGUGGAGUGAGAUGGGAUGGGGAACAUAGAGAAGAGAGUUCAGAGGGAAAUGAAAUGCAAAGAAACAGUCUUCUUGUUUGUAAGUAGCGUUAUGAAAUCAUCUUUUUGGGGAUGUGUAUGCAGAGCUGGCUUUAGUGCGGUGCAGGAGGUUCCCCCGCAAUACAUAUAUUUAUACGUGGGUGGCGCUGUGGGUUAAACCACAGAGCCUAGGACUUGCCGAUCAGAAGGUCAGUGGUUCGAAUCUCUGUGAUGGGGUGAGCUCCCAUUGCUCGGUCCCUGCUCCUGCCAACCUAGCAGUUCGAAAGCACGUCAAAGUCCAAGUAGAUAAAUAGGUACCGCUCCGGCGGGAAGGUAAACGGUGUUUCCGUGCGCUGCUUUGGUUCGCCAGAAGUGGCUUAGUCAUGCUGGCCACAUGACCCGGAAGCUGUACGCCAGUUCCCUUGGCCAAUAAAGUGAGAUGAGCGCCGUAACCCCAGAGUCGGCCACGACUGGACCUCAUGGUCAGGGGUCCCUUUACCUUACUGAAAAUGGUAAAUGGCAUUUCUGUGUGCUCUGGCACUCAUCAUGAUGUCCUGUUGCACCAGAAGUGGUUUAGUCAUGCUGGCCACAUUACCGAGAAAAAGCUGUCUGCGGACAAACGCCGGCUCCCUCGGCCUGAAAGCAGAGAUGAGCGUCACACCCCAUAAUCAAAUUCGACAGGACGUAACCGUUCGGAUGGUCCUUUACCUAUUACCUACUGAGAAGCUCAUAAAAAGCGAAAGAGACUUCCGGUGGAGCGCGGAACCUGUUGCAGGCGAGGGUUUUUUCUGCGGAGAGAGCCCUAGCUGUUUCGGCCGAUUUUGGAGGUUUUCAGGGCGAAAAAAACCUCCCGCUAAACCUCUGGAGGGUGUCUAGAGGUCUAGGUGCCCGGCAGUGCCUGGAAGCUGUCUCGUCCAGUCGUCAGGUAGCCUUUGAAUAUAUGUGAAGAGUGCGACAGAACGUGCAGUGGGUAAUUGGGCAGCCAUUAUAGCGGCGAACCAGCGAAGCCCCGAGCCUGCAAGGAUUAGCGCCCCGCUCUCGAGAUAAAGAAACUCGGAUUCAGAACUCAGUUUUUAUAACAACGCAAAAGGGAAAAAAGGAUAAGGAAGUCUCCGAGUAAAAAGAGAAGAGUCCGAGUUCAGCGCCGGUUUGACUUCAUUGAAAAAGACGCAGCGCUGCAUGCAGAGCCGAAAGAGAAAGUAAGUUACCGCUAGCGGCUACUGUUUCCGUCUCCCCCGUUUAUUCAAGUUCAAAAGAUAAAAAAGAAAGGGAGAAAGCCAAGGGGGAGCAGAGAAGUGUGGUGAUAGAAGAGAAAACCCAGUCGAUAGUGUGACUGAGGUAAUUGGAAUACAAAGAGGACUAUUGUUAAGAUUUAUGUGAAGAAGAUAAGGUAUUGAGAAGAUUUUUCAACGCCAUAUUAAGUGGGGGUGGAGAGGAGCUUCAGACGCCAUAUCAAGUGGUUCUAAAAGACGUAUAGAAAGAGAAGACAAAACACCUCAAGGUACUUUGGGUCGACGUUUUGGGGUUUCCUUUUGUUUAAUAAUUUUCUUCGUCAUCUCUGUAUAUAAGACAUUGAAAGAGAGAAGAAUAUAAGGAGGGUAGUUGAAAAAAUAAUUAAGAAACUUCCCCUAAGUUUGAAAGAGGCUGACUCCCUCCUGUGGCGUAAGCCAAAUAUUACAUCCUAAUCCUGGAAAACCUCAGCUGAGGCUUUUGAGGCUUAAUGAAGUAAAGAAGAUAACUGCUCUGGAGAGGCCUCCCCCCCUGUCGGACUAAACUCAUCAAUCUACUCAGCAUGAACAUAUGUGGUUAAGGAAUAACUAAUAUGAAUAUUGACAAUUAUACUUAAAUUAACAUUUGAAUUUGGUGUACCUCUGAAGUUAUAAGUGGAGUUCUCCCAAAAUCUCUGUUAUUUCUACCUGAACUACAUUCGGAUUUACAAACUUAUAAAUUGGGACUGUGUUUACCAAAGCGUUGGUUGGAUUAGCCCGAAUAGGGGCAAGAAGACUAUAAACAGAACAUUAUCAGAACCAACAGACAACCACCUUUCCUCGAAGUUUAGGGGGAAGGGAUAACAUUUAAACAUAUUAAGUGGAGGCUAAGAAGUUGCGAUUUGUAAUACCUAGGUUUCUGGGUAUUUGGUAUCAUUUGUGGUCAUUCUAUAUAGGGUUGUAUAUACUACUUUUGGUGGCUAACUUAAUAUUAUCUAAUAGCAAGUAUAAGAAUAUUUGUACAGGAAGGACAGGAAAGACAAGAAAUAUUUAGUGGAAAUAUACGACAUUUUGAGAUUUAAAAUAAUGUCACAUACGCAAAAAAAAGGGGUGGAGGGAGGAACCCCAACAGAUAGGAGAGCCUCUAAACAAGAAACAGAAUUUAGAACAGAAAUAUUGAGGAUGUUUGCAGAAAUAAAACAAAGUGAGAAAAACUUAGAGAUAAAAUUAGAACAGGUGGAUAAUAAAAUUGGGAAAAUGGACAAAAAGAUUGAGGAGACAGUAAGUGAAUUGAAAGGACAGAUCAAGGAGGUCUCAAAAAGAGUGGAUGAAGGAUUAAAAAAGACUAAACAGGAAAUGAAAGAAAUGAAGCGGGAAGAAGAAAAAUGAGAAAUGAGAUAGCAGAUUUAAAUAAAAUGCAGGAAGAAAUAAAAGAUUCUAUUGCAAUGAACGAACUAAAACAGAGAGAAGUUAAUUUAAGAUUAAGGCAAAUUCCGGAAGUACAAAAUGAAAAUAUAAAAGAAAGACUAACAAAAGAAAUAGCGCAGUGGAUGGAGUUGGCGGAAGAAGCUGUGGCGAAGACAAUACAAAAUGCAUACAGAAUGAAAAUUAAAUCAAACAGGGUAAAGAAAUUUCCAGGGGACUGUUUAGUUACAUUUAAAGAUAGAGAGAUGAGAAACCUGAUUUUGCAAAGGAAUAGAGAGAAGAGACUAUAUAUCGAUGGAAACUACAUAAUUAUAUUUAAAGAUAUUCCAAUAAGGCUGCUGAAACGAAGAGAACCGUAUAAACCACUGGUGCAACUGCUUAAGAAAAAUAGGAUUGACUUUCGAUGGGAAUUUCCGGAAGGUGUCUCAUUCUUUUAUAAAGGAGUUAAAAGAAGAUUGACAAGCCCCGAGGAAAUAGGAAAGUUCACAAGAAGAUAUAAAGAGCUUCAACAGGGAGAGGAGGAGUUUAAAGGAGCAGAGGGCGGACUAAGACUGAGGGAGGAACCAGAAUUGGGAGAAGAAGAAGAACAGAACGGAGGAAAAUUUGAGGAAGACGAAGAAGAGGAAGAAGGAGAAGAGAUAGAAAGAAUAUAGGAUAAAAUUCAAACUCGAUCAGUGGUAAGGAAAAUGACGUUAAAAUUAUGGAACUGGAACAUUAAUGGAAUGAACGAUAAGAAAAAACGGAACGGAAUUGAACGUAUUCUAAAAAAGAAGAACUUGGACAUCAUAUGCCUUCAAGAAACACAUGUGGCCAAGAAGCAUAGGAAAAUUCUUAUCAAUAAGAGGUUAGGGAAUGAAUUCAUAUCUUCGGAUAAAGAAAAAAAGAGGUGUAGUACUUUACAUUAAAAAUAAAAUUGAAUCGCACCAAUUAUUUAAGGAUGAGGAAGGAAGAAUAAUAGCGGUUCGUAUUAAAUGGCAAGGUGAAAUAUUGAUAAUAAUCGGGAUUUACGCACCAAAUGGUAACAAAACAGAGUUCUUUAGAUUAUUGGAAGAGAAGUUAUUUGAACAUAUGGACCAAAAAAUCAUAAUAAUGGGAGACAUGAACGGGGUGGUUUCAAUUGAAAUGGACAGAUUAAGGAAAACGAAGAACAAAGAAGGAAAGUUACCUAAGACAUUCUUUAUGAUGACCAAGAAUUGUAAUUUAAUAGAUAUUUGGAGACUUAGGCACCCUCUGGAGAAACAAUUUACAUAUCACUCAGAACCGAACCAAUCAAUGUCAAGAAUAGAUCAAAUAUGGAUAUCAAAUGAAUUGACACCAAGAAUUCAAAAAAUUGAAAUCCAGGCCAAAGUUGUUUCGGAUCAUAACCCAAUAGAAAUGGAGAUGAAGGGAGCUGAAGAACGAACCUUCAGAUGGAGGUUGAACGAUAACUUAUGGGACGAUCAAAAGUUCGUUGAAAAAAUACGGAAGAAACUAUUUGAAUAUUUUCUGGAUAAUUUAGAUAAAGGGGUGAAAAUAAGUGUGGUAUGGGAUGCAAGUAAGGCAGUAAUGAGGGGCCUUUUUAUUCAACAAAAUGUGUGGAAAAGAAAAAACAAAGAAAGAAGGACAAAAGAGAUUCUGAGACAGAUUAUGGACAAUGAACAAAAAUUGAUUAAAAACCGAACAAUGAAAGGAUAAUGCAGGAAAUAAAAUCCCUCCAAACCCAAUUUGCUAUGUUAAUAAAUAAAGAGGUUGAGUGGAACAUCAAAAGGUUAAGACAGAAAAAUUUUGAAUUCGCCAAUAAGUCAGGAAAAUGGCUUGCUUGGCAAGUUAAAAGGAGGAACGAACAAAAUACAAUCAGCAAAAUACAAAUAAAUGGAGAAGAAACAACUGACCCGAAAGGAAUUAGAAAAGGAUUCGUGGAUUUUUAUGAGCAACUAUAUAGGAAUAAAGAAAGGAACAAUAUAAAAAAAUAGAAAGAUAUUUAAAAGAAAAGAUGGUGAGGAAGAUUUCGAUAGAUCAAAAGGAACAGCUAAAUGCCCCAAUAUAUAGAGAAGAGGUAGAAGAAGUGAUAAAAGAAUUGAAAAGAGGGAAAGCACCGGGCCCAGAUGGGUUUACAUCGAGCUAUUAUAAAGAAAUGAAAGAUACAUUGAUGACUCCGUUAAUUGAUGUGAUGAAUAACAUCCUAAAGGAAAGAGAUAUCCCAGACACAUGGAAGGAGGCAUUUAUCACAAUAAUUCCAAAGCAAGACUCGGAUCUAACCCAAGUUAAGAAUUACAGACCUAUCUCUUUAUUAAAUACGGAUUAUAAGAUUUUUGCUGGAAUCCUAGCCAAAAGACUAAAAAAGAUACUAACAAAAAUUAUACAUGAAGACCAAGCGGGUUUUUUACCGGGCAGGCAAAUAAGAAAUAACACAAGAAGUAUAGUUAAUUUAAUUGAAUACCUUUCUGAUAGAUGUGAUAAACCAGCCAGUCUAAUCUUCGUAGAUGCGGAGAAAGCCUUCGAUAAUGUAGUCUGGGAUUUCAUGUUAAAAAAUUUGGAAAUUAUGGAGGUGGGCCAAGAGUUUCUAAAUGGCAUAAAGGCAAUUUACACAGAACAGAAGGCGAGACUGAUAAUUAAUAAUAUCAUCACUGAAGAUAUAAAAAUAUCCAAAGGAACAAGACAGGGAUGUCCGCUUUCGCCGCUGCUCUUUAUUGUGGUUUUGGAAGUCUUACUAAAUGCAAUAAGACAAAAUAAACAAAUUAAAGGGGUAACAUUAGGUUCAAAUGAGUACAAAGUUAAAGCCUACGCAGACGAUGUGGUCCUAACAGUGGAAGAACCUAUAGAGAGUAUAAGGGAGAUCUUGGAAGAGAUGGAGAAAUUUGGGAAGCUAGCAGGAUUUAAAUUGAAUAAGAGUAAGACAAAAAUGAUUGUUAAAAACUUAGAUCAGGAUAAGAUUGAAUUAGUACAGCAACGAACCGAAAUUGAGGUUGUUAAAAAGGUUAAAUAUUUGGGACUCUGGCUUACCAACAAAAACAUCGAUUUAUACCAAAAUAACUACACCCCGGUUUGGAAUGGAAUUAAAAAAGAUCUGGAGGUCUGGGCCAGGAUGAAAUUAUCAUUCUGGGGAAGAAUAUCUAUGGUCAAAAUGAUGGUGCUCCCAAAGUUGUUAUUUUUAUUCCAAACGAUACCCAUAUUAAAAGGUACAAAAAAAUUUUAAAGAAUGGCAAAAGGUGAUCUCUAGAUACGUCUGGGAAGGAAAGAAGCCUAGAAUUAAGUUUAAGUUAUUAACAGAUGUAACAGAAAGAGGGGGCUUCGCCCUACCAGACAUGAGACUGUAUUACGAAGCAGCAUGUCUGUGUUGGAUAAAAGAAUGGGUAAAGCUGGAGAAUAAAGAACUACUAGAUUUGGAAGGGCACAAUAAUAGAUUUGGGUGGCAUGCGUAUCUAUGGAGGGAUAAAAAGAGAGUGCAUAAAGAAUUUUGUAGCCACAUCUUUAAAGGUCCACUAAUAGAGGUCUGGGACAGAUAUAAAAAUAUAUUAGAACCGAAAACCCCACAUUGGCUAUCUCCGUUGGAGAUAAUAAGUGUAAAGAAAGUUAAUAUGAGAGAAAAGUGGGGAAAGUAUGGAGAAAUGGUUACUAAUGAAGGAGGGAAGUGGAAAGUAAAAUCAUACGAUCAGGUUAAAGUAUUUACAUAUGACUGGCUGCACUAUUUUCAGAUAAAUGAAAUGUUUAAAGAAGAGGUGAAGGAAAGGGGUUACGAGGAAAAGGAAUCGGAAUUUCAAAAAGAGAUAAUAAACAACGAAUAUAAAAACCUGUCAAAAAUGUAUAAAAUAUUGUUAGAGUGGAACACGAAGGAUGAGGAAGUAAAAUCUGUCAUGAUACAAUGGGCAAGGGAUUUCGGCUAUAAUAUUCAACUAGAGGAUUGGGAAAAGUUAUGGAGAGUGAACAUAAAAUUUACGGCAUGCACGUUACUGAGAGAAAAUGUGAUGAAGAUGCUUUACAGGUGGUAUAUGACACCUGUAAAACUGGCUAAGAUGUAUAAGGCAGAUAACAAAUGCUGGAAAUGUAAACAAAAGGAAGGGACUUUCUAUCAUCAAUGGUGGGAGUGUAAGAAAGUUAAAAGCUUCUGGGAUGAAAUUUACAACGAAAUGAAAAAGAUGUUAAGUUACACUUUUGUAAAAAGCCAGAAGCCUUUUUAUUAGGCAUUGUGGGAAAGGAUAUCAAAAGGAAGGAUUGCAAACUCUUCCAGUAUGCGGUAACGGCAGCCAGAAUUGUGAUAGCUCAGAAGUGGAAGCAGGAAGAAAUCCCAACGAUAGCAGAGUGGAGAGUAAAACUGACAGAAUACGCUGAGUUGGAUAAAUUAACAGGGAAAAUCAGAUAUACUAAGGAUCAAAAGUUUAUUGAGGAAUGGGUGAAAAGAGUGGCGACUCUGGAGAAUAAAUGUUUUGUAAAUACAACGCUAGUGGGAUUUAAAGAGGCACUGUAAAGAAUUAAUAAGUAUUGUUUAAUAGAAAUAAUGUAUGAAGGAAGGAACGAAUGGCAAUAUGAAAGAAUGGAAUGUGUUUUAAAGAUAUAAAUACGAAUGAAUGUCAAUGACGCUGAAGGAAGUUCAAAAUGUAUGAGAUAUAUUGAAAUAUGGAUAUACUGUUUAAAAAAUGGGAAAUCAAUAAAAUUUUUGAAAUACAAAAAAAAAAAAUAAAUAAAUAAAGAGAAGCUCAUAAAAAGCAAUUGUACCGAAAGGAAUUAUUGUGAAAACAAGAAAUAUUUGCGGUGGGGGGGACACCAAAUUAUGUCCUCGCUCUGGUGCCGUAUUACCAAGCUCUGCCCCUGUUGUGUGUGUAGGGGCUUUCAAACCACAUUUUUCUUUUUUUAAAAAAUGGUUUUUUUUAUUAAAGUUUUAGUUUACAAAAAUACAUGCGUUGUCUCUUUUUUCAAGUUGUGUUUUCUACAGAUCAGUUUCAUUUGUUGCGAGACAUUAGUGUUGCAUGCAGUACAGUCAUACCUUGGAAGUCGAAAGGAAUCUGUUCCAGAAGUCCGUUUGACUUCCAAAACAUUCGGAAACAAGGUGUGGCUUCCGAUUGGCUGCAGGAAGCUGAUUGGCUGGUUUGGUGCCUCUUUGGAUUGCUAUGGUAUUAGAGUCUAUACAGUUAGUCCUGCAUUUUCCUGAGUCUUGGUAAUAGAUUUGUUUGAGAGUUUGUUAGAAGUUGGGACCAAAUUUCAUGUUAGUUUGUACUGCUAAUAGGUAUUUCCAUUCUAGGCAAUCAAAAGCUUUGAGACUGUCUAGGGACACAAUUGUCAGUGGGAGUUUUAGUUGCCUUGCUGUGUUCGAUAAGAUUCAGUAGUUUCCUUAUGGGGUCUGUUAUAUUGCGACCAGGGAUGAAGCCCAUCUGGUCUGGGGCUAUUAAUUUGUGUGGGAAUUUUUUUAGGCCAAAAUUGAUGUGGAUAUCUUGUAGUCUUGGUUUAUUAAUGAGAUUGGGUAGUAUGAUUCUACUUUGAGGCUGUCUUUGAGUGAGUUUUGGGAUAGAGAGUAUUUUGGAGGCGGUCCAGGUUUUAGGAAUGGUCCCCCCUUUUAUGAUGUCGUUAAAUAGGCAAGUCAUGUAAGGCAUUAGGGGUUAUUGGAAUUUCUUGUAGAAUUCUGCUGUAAAGCCUGGGGCUUUGUGUGGUCUCAGGUUUUUGAGGACCGUAUGUAUUUCCUCCAGGGUGAUAGGACUGUCCAUGAAUUCCUGUUCCUCAUCAGUUAAGGUUGGCAUGGUCUGUCCUGCUAGGACAUUUCUGAUUUCCUCCUCAGGUGGGUUGUGGAAAGUGUAUAGGUUGGAGUAAAAUUCCGCAAAUUCUGAGGUUUUCUUUGGGGGAGAAUGUUACGUUGCCGUCUUUUUUUGGCGGUGCUGUGUAUUCUUGUUUUGAGUGAUGUUUUCCUACACCUGUUUGCUAAUAGUCUGGAGUUUCCCCCUCCAUACUCAUAGAAGCAUUGCUUUGAGUAUAUAAUGUUGAUCAUUGUUUUGGUUGAUUUCUAGGGAAUCUAGUUACCUCCUUUUUGUUUAAGGUGUCCUUUAGCUCCUGUUUGUUUGUAUUGUGAUGAGAGGGUCGUGAUGUCUUGUUCUAUUUUGCUAAUUUUUGAGGAUUCGUUGAAGUAGUUCUGGAGAAUUUUUGUGAGACUUUCUCUAAAUAGUUUAUUUGUGUUUAGGAUGAGACUGAAGGACCAUGAUGGGGUGGUUCAUGUUUCUUCUCCUAUUUCAAGUGUAGCUUCUACUGGGGCGUGGUCUGUGAUUUUAAUGCUACCUAUGUUUGUUGAGUCAACCAAGGGAAUCAGACCUUGUGUGAGCAGAAUGCUAUCUAAUUUGGAGACUGUGCCGUGGCGCCCAGACUGGAAUGUGUGGCUGGUGUCUCCCGGGUUUUCUUCGCCCCGUAUGCCAUAGAGAUCUCUUCUUUUUUUUAGCAUUUUGUAAGAGUCCCUAAUUGUUUGGGGUUUCCUUUGGAAGAAGGUUGCCCAUGGGGUUGCAGGGUGGAUAUCUUUCAGGGAGAUACCUCUCAUAUUUAAGUGAGGUCACCUCCCAGGAUUUCUUCCCUAUUGGAGAAGGAGAGGAAUUUGUUUAGAGUUUUCUGGAUGAACUCUAGUUGUUUCGAGUUUGGGGCAAAUAUGGAGCUAAUUGUCAGUUUAGUUUUGCCAUCCGGUGUCCCUUUAGCGAAAAUGAAUCUGCCUCUUUUGUCAUUUAGGACUGUCGUGGCUUUGAAGUUCAGGUCUCUACUGAGUAAUAUGGCUACUAUGCAGGUCUUUCCUAGGCCAGGUGCAACCCAUUGUUGACUGAAGCGGAGAUCGCUCAGGAGUUUGCUUCUUUUGGGUGGAUUGUGUAUUUCUUGUAGGAAGGCAAUGUGUGGUUUCAUGGUGUUCACAUACGAGGCGAUGCAUUUUCUUUUGAUAGGGUUUCCCCAGCCCCUCACGUUUAGUGCAAUUGCUUUUAAGCUAGCCAUUCUGCUUGUCUACUCUAUAGGAUGAUUCCCUGCUGAGAAUCAGCGUGGUGUAGUGGUUAAGAGCAGUGGAUUCGUAAUCUGGUGAACCGGGUUCGAUUCCCUGCUCCUCCACAUGCAGCUGCUGGGUGACCUUGGGCUAGUCACACUUCUCUGAAGUCUCUCAGCCUCACUCACCUCACAGAGUGUUUGUUGUGGGGGAGGAAGGGAAAGGAGAAUGUUAGCCGCUUUGAGACUCCUUAGGGUAGUGAUAAAGCGGGAUAUCAAAUCCAAACUCUUCUUCUUCUUCUUCUUCUUCUUCUUCUUCUUCUUCUUCUUCUUCUUCUUCUUCUACUUCUUCUCCCCAUCUGGGCUGUCCUGUGUCUCUCACCUUAUAUUGUCUAUCAAACCUAUUUUGUUGCACUGGCAUAAAGUGUGAUGAGUGGGGGAAGAGGGGGGUUAGAAUUAGAUUUGGGUUAAAGAGUGUGGGGUAUAUUACAGAAAGUAACCCAUAUGUAGUUAUAUAGGUGUUUGUUUGGGGAAAUGUGGACUGUCUGCUUCCAACCAGUUGGUACUGUGUCUCAGCUGGCAUGGAGGGCCUUGUUUAAGAACAGGCUGUCCUCUCUGUCGUUUGCGAUAGGGAACGGUCAUUGAAAUGGUGUUAAGUGCCUUGGUGACGCCUGUGUUUGGCUAUAAGGUUUAUAAGCAAUGUUGUCAGUGUUGUUAAUAACAUUAUUGGUUUGUUGGCGUGUUAGGGUAGGGAUAUGGGUAUUGGCACGCUCUGGCGCAACCGUUGUGCUGGUUGUGUGUCAGAUUUUAGCCUGUUUGUUGAUUGUUUUAUUGAGGUUGGGGGGUAUUGUUUUAGUUUGUAUGGGUUUCUUUCUUUGUUUUCCUUUUCUUGUACCUACUGAUUUUGUUCGUUGCCUUUGUGUGAUGAUGGAAGAGACCGAGAGGUUGGCGGGUGUGUGUGUCUAUUUUUGUGGUGGUUCUUUUUGUGCCGCCGGUGGGGUCCUUGGGGUGGGGGGCUGAGAUUGUGGGUUGUUGGGGUGAUUGAGGAGGGGGGAGUGGAGAGGGUGAAUUGUUGUCGUCUGAGUAUUGGGGUGGGGAUGGGAUGGGGGGGUCUCUAUGGAGGGGUGGAGUAGGGGGAUAGUGGUGGUGCUGGCAAUAUUAAUGGCUUGAGGGGAGAGGAGAAAAGGAGGGGGGGUCACCAGUCCGUCAAUUUGAAGUGAUUUCCAUAUGCUUCAUUUGGCUGUGGUGGUUGUUGCGGAGUUGUCAGUCUGUGGUAUAUGGGUUUCGCUGAGUUUGGUUUGUUGUCUUGUGUUGUACCUUCGGUGGGACGGUUCUGUGAGCCCAGGCCUGUUUGGGUUUCAGCAUCAGCCCCUGGGUGAACUGACGAUACGCCCUAGAACGCACUCUAGUGGUUAAGAGCAGUGGACUCGUAAUCUGGUGAACUGGGUUCGAUUCCCUGCUCCUCCUCAUGCAGCUGCUGGGUGACCUUGGGCCAGUCACACUUCUCUGAAGUCUCUCAGCCCCACUCACCUCACAGAGUGUUUGUUGUGGGGGAGGAAGGGAAAGGAGAUUGUUAGCUGCUUUGAGACUCCUUCAGGUAGUGAUAAAGCGGGAUAUCAAAUCCAAACUCUUCUUCUGCAAACUGUUUUUGUCUCACUGCCUUGAUUUUAUUUAAAAUGGUGGAAGAUUGCCCACCAUUACCAGUCUUUGAAUCUAGGAUCCCCUCCCAACAAGCUCUUGAGCAAUGCCCGUUUCCCCUCUUUUUAAAUCAAGUGCUGUAGUCUAACGUUGUGGACAGAUGGCAAAAUUCCUUCAGAGUGAAUGCUCUCUUUUUGGGGGGUGGGGGGGGGGAGAUAGGUAGCAUGUGCCAAGGCCUGCUGUGAAGGCUGAGGAAACUCUGUUCCCUGGGUGGGCUGCUUGCUGGCUCCUUUGAAAUUCUCCAGCUUCCUCCCCAUGGAGACCUUACAGCUUCCUGCCUCCUCUUUGUUGUUUAUCCUAUCUGGGUGUUCUGUCUGCAGUGGCUGUGUCCCAAAUGCAUGUCAAAUAUGCGCACCCCGUUUCUUGGCAAUUCCCCGCCUCCCCAAUCCAAGAGGUGUGCUCGUUAGUGUGAAUAUGCUAUAUGUAUAUAUAAUCAAGCUCAUAGUUCCUAGUGGUGGGGGAACCUAGUAGUAGUAACACGGUAGAAUGAUGGGUAUAGUUUGUGGGCAUGCAGUGCCACCUGCUGGUGACUCCUUAGCAUCACAGACACAAGAGUUCCUCGUUCUUCAUUUCUAUGCGCUGAUGGUUUCAUGCUAACUUACAGGAGGUGCAGCCCCCCACACGACCGACUUGUGGAAUGCAUUUUAAUAAUACAGGGGGCGGGGAAGAUUAGGCAUGUUUAUGGAUGAUGGAUUUGCAGAUGGAGGGAGGGUACAUCAGGGUACUAUUCAUGGGCUAGUUUAUGUGUUUGUAUGCAGAAUUUGGAAAAUACAGCCGUACCUUGGUUCUCGAACGUAAUCCGUUCCGGAAGUCUGUUUUACUUCUGAAAACAUUCAAAAACCAAGGCACGGCUUCCAGUUGGCUGCAGGAGCUUCCUGCACUCAAUCGGAAGCUGCGUCAGAUGUUCAGCUUCCAAAAAACGUUCGCAAACCGGAACACUCACUUCCAGGUUUGCGGCAUUCAGGAGCCAAAACGUACAAAUACCAAGACGUUCGCGAACCAAGGUACAACUGUAUGGUUUUCUGGAAAGCAUAGCAUUGUAGAAUUGUAGAGAUGGAAGGGACCCAGAGAGUCAUCUAGUCCAAUCCCCUGCAAUGCAGGAUUCUCAGCUAAAGCAUCCAUGAUAGAUGACCAUCCAACCUCGGCUUAAAAACCUCUACCACCUUCCAAGGGAGUCUGUUCCAUGGUUGAACAGCCCUUACAGCCAGAAAGUUCUUCCUGAUGUUAAGUCAGAAUCUCCUUUCUUGUAACUUGAAUCCAUUGCUUUGAGUCCUAUCCUCCUGAGCAGGAGAAAACAAGCUUGCUCCAUCUUCAGUGUGACAGCCCUUUAGGUAUUUGAAGAUGGCUAUCAUAUCUUCUCUUUUCCAUGAUAAACAUACCCAGCUCCUUCAACCUUUCCUUCUAAGGCUUGGUUUCCUUGAUCAUCUUCCUUGCCCUCCUCUGCACACUUUCCAGCUUGUCAACAUCCUUAAAUUGUGGUGCCCGGAAUUGGGCACUGUAUUCCAGGUGUGGUCUGACCAGGGGCAGAAUAGAGUGUACUAGUACUUCCCUUGAUCUGGACACUGUUUUUAGUUUUUGUUGGAAGCCGCCCAGAGUGGCUGGGGAAACCCAGCCAGAUGGGCGGGGUACAAAUAAUAAAUUAUUAUUAUUAUUAUACUUCUAGAAUAGCAUUAGCUUUUUUCGCUGCUGCAUCACACUGUUGACUCAUUCAAAAAAACCCCACAAAUCUCUGUGUGGUUGCAGAACUCCAAGCUGAGGCUGAUCAAAGUCUCAGAAACUAAACUAGACAUUGAGAAGAGCUAGCUACCUGUUGGAAAGGCAUCAAGGUCUUCACUGCUAUAUGCAUGAUUCCACAUUGUUCCCAGACUGGGGUUCCUACAACCUUAAUUAACUGUUUAGGGUCAGGGGACAUGGCCUGAAGCAAACAGAGCAGGUGACAUUCAAGGGCAGCUCUGGCCAGACUUGUCGUUAUAGCACCAGAGUGAAUCCUUUUGGCCACUUUAUGCCACCUAAUCUACAGACUGGGUAGCUGCACUGCCAUGAUCUAUCCAUCCGUUCUGUAGUCUUGGUGCUAAUGCACAGCAGUUAACAGGCAGGUAGCUCCUUCUUCCAGCAAACUGCCCCCAGUAGACUGGAGAGAAAGGUGCCUUUAUCUUGCUUUGAGUGAGCUGGUGCCUUACAAAUACACAAACUGUCUAUACAUUUUACUGAUGUUUAGCGAUGGUUUGAUCUUGUCAAUGUCAGGGUAACCUUGGUGUUCUUUUGUCUUUUCUAAGAAAUCUUACUAUUGCAGAAUUGUAGAAUUGGAAGGGACCUCAAGGGUUGUCUAGCCCAACCCCCUGCAAUGCACAAAUCUCAGUCUCCCAUCCAAUUUGAAACCAGGCUGGUCCCUGCUUUGCUUUUCAAAUGUGCCAGCAGUUUUAUUGCUGCACCACUAGGAGGAUAAACCACAAGGGAGAUAGAAGUUGAACAACAACUUGUAACUUGCUAAUGAAGUGCUUUUUCAACACCUUAUUUUAAUUUUUUAAAACAAAAUCUCACCUCUUUACCAAAUCUAGGGCUGCUUCUUCUUCUUUGGCAAUCACUCAUAGCCGAGUAAGAUUGUCUUCCAUAAACACGGUUUUAACAAUGAGUCCGUAUGUGACUGUGGAGGCCAAUUCUGGAUCCACACGUCCUUCCACAGUGGGGACAGUGGUUUCCGGGCGGGGGUUGAUCAGAGCAAUCAUGGCUAUGAGCUGUGAUGGCUAGGCUCCAUCUCCACAGUCAGAGGCAGCAAUGUUUCUGAACACCAGUUGCUGGAAACCACAGGGGAGGUGAGUGCAAUUCCACACAGGUCCUGCAUGCAAGUUUCCCAUAGGCAUAUGGCUGGCCACUAUGAGAACAGGAUGCUGGACUAGGUAGACCUCUCUUUAUAUGUUCUUAUGUACUGUACAGUCAUGGGACGCGGGUGGCGCUGUGGGUUAAACCACAGAGCCUAGGACUUGCCGAUCAGAAGGUCGGCGGUUCGAAUCCCCGCGACGGGGCGAGCUUCCGUUGCUCGGUCCCUGCUCCUGCCAACCUAGCAGCUCAAAAGCACGUCAAAGUGCAAGUAGAUAAAUAGGUACCACUCUGGCGGGAAGGUAAACGGCGUUUCCAUGCGCUGCUCUGUUUCGCCAGAAGCAGCUUAGUCAUGCUGGCCACAUGACCCGGAAGCUGUACGCCGGCUCCCUCAGCCAAUAAAGCGAGAUGAGCGCCACAACCCCAGAGUCGGUCACGACUGGACCUAAUGGUCAGGGGUCCCUUUACCUUACCGUACAGUCAUACCUCAUGUUAUGUUUGCUUCAGGUUGUGCGUUUUCAGGUUGCGUCCCAGAAAUACCAGAAAGGGUUAUUUCCGGGGUUUGCCGCUCUCGCAGAUGCGCAAAAUGACGUCGCGCGCAUGUGCAGAAGUGGCGAAUCGCGACCCACGCGCGCAGACGCGGGUUGCGUUCUUUUCAGGUUGCGAACGGGCCUCCAGAACGGAUCCCGUUCACAACCAGAGGUACAGUGGUGCCCCGCAAGACGAAUGCCUCGCAAGACAGAAAACCCGCUAGACGAAAGGGUUUUCCGUUUUUGAGUUGCUUCGCAGGACGAAUUUCCCUAUGGGCUUGCUUCGCAAGACGAAAAUGUCUUGCGAGUCUUGAGAUUUUUUUUUUGCUCCCCCCCCCUUUAAUCUAAGCCGCUAAGCCUUUAAUAGCCUUUUAGCAGCUAAUCCGCUAAACCGAUAAGCCUUUAAUAGCCGCUAAACCGCUAAUAGCGCUAAUCCGCUAAUAGGGUUGCUUCGCAAGACGAAAAAACCGCUAGACGAAGACACUCGCGGAACGGAUUAAUUUCGUCUUGCGAGGUACCACUGUAAUCCAAAAGGAACUGACGGCUAGUGAACUUGCAAUUCUAGAGUGUAGCUGGUCACAACCCAGAAGGGAGAGAGGAGUGGCAUUUUACUGUCUUCCCCUUCCUGCUUUCCAGUCUAGGUUGGGCAAAGAGUAAUGUUUUUAUUUGGCACAGAUGCAUGUGGAUUUGGUGGGGAUUCCAAAUUUGGGGGUGCAAUUCCUUGUUUCCAGCAAUCACCCAGCUGAGCUGUGAUAGUCAGGGGCAGCUGAAGCAAGGCCCUCAGCAGUGUGGAACUUAAGGUGAUGUGGCUGUGAAUGAGACAUUACUAUUUUUAUAUCUACAUUUGUUGAGAGUUGGUGAAACCUUUAUUAUUGGUCUUACAUGACAGCUUCACUAAUCAGCGUAGGCAGAGAGGUGAUAAUAAUAUAAUAAUAAUUUAUUUAUACCCCACCCAUCUGGCUAGGUUUCCCCAGCUACUCUAGGCGGCUCCCAACAGAAUAUUAAAAACACAAUAAAACAUCAAACAUUAAAAACUUCCCUAAACAGGGCUGCCUUCAGAUGUCUUCUAAAAGUCAGAUAGUUUAUUUCCUUGACCACUGACGGGAGGGUGUUCCACAGGGUGGGCGCCACUACCGAGAAGGCCCUCUGCCUGGUUCCUUGUAAUGUUACUUCUCACAGUGAGGGAACUGCCAGAAGGUCCUUGGAGCUGGAUCUCACUGUCCGGACUGAGCUGAUGGGGCUGUUUAGAACAAUUUCCUUGAUGUUUUGCACGACUCUUGGGUUUGGGUCCAUUUGUGCUGAUAUUCUCACUGCUUCCUCUUCCUCCUCCUUCACCUCCCGUUUCAGCAACUUCUCUUGGACUCUGUGCCACAGCCAACACCCUCCUUAGUCCUGCAACCUUUUGUCCCUAUGGUACUUUAUAUUACCUGUGACAGGUGCCGUGUUGAGCCAGGCCUCCUCAGGUAUAACUUGCAGCCUCUUGGUAAAGCAGGUGUCAAUGGGCAUUAAUAUCCCUGUCCAUGGCUAGCAAAACCAGAAUAAAUUAGGUGAAAAUGGCCACCAUUGCUCAAUAAAGUAUGCACAAUAAGAGCAAGCACAUUAACUCCAUCCAUGUGUUAAAACCAUGACAAAUUGCAGAAUUCGAGUCUUAGAUUGGUGAUGGAUUUUAAUGUUUUUAGCAUAGAGGAGGUACAGUUCUGACACUGGACGCCAGCUGGGCUCCACUGAUGCAACAGUAGUCCUUUGUAGGCGCACAAGGAAAGACACAGGCAGUUCAUCUGGGGCCACUUUGUUCGUUGCAAGCAGAACAAACGAUAGCAAGGCCCCCAUGGACCCAUAGAAUAUGAUAAGAUGUUCUGGGCCCAGAGUCUCCCAGGGAAGCAAAACAGACGAGAGGGGAGGGGGAAGAAGGGUCCCAUAGCUUGGCAGGAGAACACAUAAUUUGUAUGUUCUGGGAGAAAUCUUGGGAUGAUCUCUAGUUGUGGGGUCUGCAGAUUGCAGGGCCAGACGGUUACUUCUUCUAGUAAAGUAAAGCGACCCCUGACCAUUAGGUCUAGUUGCAGACAACUCUGGGGUUGUGUAGCUCAUCUCGCUUUAUUGGCCAAGGAAGCUGGCGUACAGCUUCCGGGUCAUGUGGCCAGCAUGACUAAGCCGCUUCUGGCGAACCAGAGCAGCGCACGGAAAUGCCGUUUCCCUUCCCGACGGAGUGGUACCUAUUUAUCUACUUGCACUUUGACGUGCUUUCGAACUGCUAGGUUGGCAGGAGCAGGGACCGAGCAACGGGAGCUCACCCUGUCGUGGGGAUUCAAACCACCGACCUUCUGAUCGGCAAGUCCUAGGCUCUGUGGUUUAACCCACAGCGCCACCCACUCAGGUAGCUCCAAGUACCUGAGACCAGUUGCUAGAACUGGAGCUGAGAAAGCUGGAGCCAGAAAUGCAGAUGUCAAAGAGAUAAACAACUACCUGACAUUUAGAAGACAUCUGAAGGCAGCCCUGUUCAGGGAAGUUUUUAACGUGUGACAAAUAAUAAAUUACAAUUACAGUGGGCAGAAGAUGCUGCUCUUGUUGACCCUGGCAACAGAAGAAAUCAGGUUCCAUGAAUUUAUGCUAGGCCAGGACAAUGCAGAGGCUUCAUGUUGCCUGCUAGUUGCUGGGGGCAAUAUGGAACGUCCUGUUUCCUUUGUGUGCUAUCUCCUGUCUGGCCUGACCCCAGACUGUACCGAUGGUAGAAGCCAAAGUGUUCUGUGAGGGUGGGUUCUGGGGGAACGCCCGCAGCAAACUGAAACCUCCUCAGGCAGCAGCCAUUUUGAGUUCAGCCACUGUCUGUCGCAAGAGUGUCAUAGGUGAAAUCUACACACACAUGAAAAACGCUGUGAAAAUGCUUUUUAAAAAACGUUUUGAAAAAUAUGUUGCAUUUGCCAUAGCUCACCAUCGCCAUCUAAUGUCACAUUUGUAUAUUGCACUUUGCAAAAUACUUAAAACGUUUAACAGUGGUGCCCCACAAGACGAAUGCCUCGCAAGACGGAAAACCCGCUAGACGAAAGGGUUUUCCGUUUUGGAGGUGCUUUGCAAAACGAAUUUCCUAUGGGCUUGCUUCGCAAGACGAAAAUGUCUUGCGAGUUCCUGCGGGGUUUCCCCCCCCUUUUUCCCAAGCCGCUAAGCCGCUUAUCAGCUGAUCCGCUAAGCCGCUUAACAGCUGAUCGCUAAGCCGCUUAUCAGCUGAUCCGCUAAGCCGCUUAACAGCUGAUCCGUUAAGCCACUAAGCCGCUUAUCAGCUGAUCCGCUAAGCCGCUUAACAGCUGAUCCAUUAAGCCACUAAGCCGCUUAUCAGCUGAUCCGCUAAGCCCGCUAAGCCACUAAUAGCGCUAAUCUGCUAAACGGCUAAUGGGCUUGCUUCGCAAGACGGAGAGACUCGCGGAACGGAUUCUUUUCGUCUUGCGAGGCACCACUGUAUUUGCAGUUGUAUAGCUGAGUCCAUAGCUGUCGCUUUUGUUCCGCAGUUCAGUCUUCGGUGGCAUCAUUUUGUAAAGUUUGCAGUAGCUAAAUGUCGCCCACACAGUUUGGGAGAGCAGAUUUGGCUAAGGUCUGGUUGCAUGAGAUUCCCAGUUCAAUUCUCUAGGAUGCUGGCAGCCACUCUCCAAGGUUUGAGGCAGAAGUCCGUUUCAUCCCUACCUGGAGAUGCCUUCUGCAUGCAAGGCAGCUACUGUACCUCUGAGCCAGGGCCCUUCUCCUAGCAGAUUCCUGUUAAUUGGACGUUGGUACUCAAAGCAGCGGGACGUGGGUGGCGCUGUGGGUUAAACCACAGAGCCUAGGACUUGCCGAUCAGAAGGUCAGCGGUUCGAAUUCCCGCAAUGGGGUGAGCUCCCGUUGCUCGGUCCCUGCUCCUGCCAACCUGGCAGUUCGAAAGCACGUCAAAGUGCAAGUAGAUAAAUAGGUACCGCUCCGGCGGGAAGGUAAACAACGUUUCCGUGCGCUGCUCUGGUUCGCCAGAAGCUGCUUAAUAAUGCUGGCCACAUGACCUGGAAGCUGUACGCCGGCUCCCUCGGCCAAUAAAGCGAGACGAGAGCUGCAACCCCAGAGUCGGCCACGACUAGACCUAAUGGUCAGGGGUCCCUUUACCUUACUCAAAGCACCACGGACCUUUCUGCCCUGUACUGGUUUGGAGAACUUGCAUGUCACUUUUUUGGGCCAAUCAAAAAAUGUUCCAGCGAAGAAGCUUUCCUCCUUCAUGGGCCACCGCCAGGAUCUCCAGAAGGAGGCAUGCUUCAACCUUCCUGAGACCUAAUUCACAAACACUUACCCUGGAUAAAGAUUUGCCUGCUCCUGCCUUUUGGUCCUGGACGAGUGCCGUGAGAUCUAACAAAGUUCUUUUUGUCAUUCCCUUCUCAGUCUUGGUGUCCAAAUCCUCCCCGAAGAAGCCUCGUGGCCGGAACAUCUUCAAGGCUUUCUUCUGUUGCCUUCGCGCACAGAAUGUCGGGCAGUCGGGCUUUGGUGGGGAUCAUGGCCCACACAAGGAGGAGACCAGCACCAUUGCCAAGGUGAGUGGAGGCUGACGCAGUGAUCGCUGAAUUACACCCAGAGAGUAUAACAGGCAGUGCUAGUAGUAUCUGAGCUUCUUUUCUCUAGCAGCUUUCUGUAUUCUAGCUGUCCAGGUUUAGGGUGUGCCCCAUGAGGAUAUCAACUCUGUCCUAGUUCUCCAGCUACCCAAACCCUGAAAUUGUCCCUGUCAGUGGCGUAGCGUGGGGGGUGCAGGGGGGGCCGGCCGCACCGGGCGCAACAUCUGGGGGUUAGGGUUAGGGGGCGCAAAUCCACGGGUUAGGGGGCGCAAAUUACUUGCCUUGUCCCGGGUGCUGACAACCCACGCUACGCCACUGGUCCCUGUAUUUGUUUAAAUGAUCUCUCUCGCUUGACACUUCCUCUCACCAGCAUUUUUAACUUUUUAAACUCCCGGCUGACCAGAGUUCACAAGAUACCUUUGUUAGCCUCUGUUUAUAUCUGACUGGCUCUCUCCCAAUCAAAAAUGGCUUUCAGGAGGGAGCAGUUACUUUGGAUCGGAAGCAAGUGCUUCUACGGCCAUUUCACACAUUGCAGCAGUGCCGUGUAGGAAAUAGCAUAAACCCCACAUGCCGAGCUGAUCCAUGACUAUUGUGAAUAUCAGUAUUUCACUGCUUGCUAAUGAGCUGGGAAGCCAUGGCUAGUCUCUGUGGGAAGACAUAUAAGGGGCUUCAGCCUAUUUUCUAUCCAGGGGAGGGAAACUCUUGUACAGUGGUACCUUGGUUCUCAAACUUAAUCCGUUUCGGAAGUCUGUUCCAAAACCAAAGCGUUCCAAAACCAAGGCGCACUUUCCCAUAGAAAGUAAUGCAAAGCGGAUUAAUCCGUUCCAGACUUUUAAAAACAACCCCUAAAACAGCAAUUUAACAUGAAUUUUACUAUCUAACGAGACCAUUGAUCCAUAAAUUGAAAGCAAUAAUCAAUAUACUGUACUAUAAAAUAAAUAAGACAGUAUUGUACAUGAUAAAAAUUAAAAUUAUCUUUUUUCUUACCUGCACUGAUGAUAGUCAUUGUUUGGAGGGGGGGCUUUUAUCCAUUUCUGCAAUCACACAAUCAAUCAGUCAAUCAAUCAGUAGCUGAAAUGGGUUCCAUGCAGUCACAAAAACAAAUUAACCAAAAAAGCCUCAAAAACAAAAACGCGAAAUAAAUAGCAAAAACAAAAGUGCCAAACUUAAUCCAUUCCGGAAGUCCGUUUGACUUUUGAAAUGUUCGAAAACCAAGGCGCAGCUUCUGAUUGGUGCAGGUGCCCCGGAAACAAUAACUGACAGCUGCAUCAGAUGUUUGGCUUCCGAAAAACAUUUGAAAACUGGAACACUUACUUCCGGGUUUUUGAUGUUUGGGAACCAAGGUGUUUGAGUAUCGCAGCGUUUGAAAACCAAGGUACCACUGUAGAUGCUGCUGGUCUCAUAGCCCCAUCCUUCCUCAAAACAUAUGCAUUUGACCGCAUUGUUGCCGCCACCCCAUCUAUAGAUAUCCUCCUCCGCUUUUAAAAAAGAAAUAUAUAUGAAGCUAUAUAUGGUAAAAGGGACACGGGUGGCACUGUGGUCUAAGCCACAGAGCCUAGGACUUGUCGAUCAGAAGGUUGGCGGUUCGAAUCCCUGCGACGGGGUGAGCUCCCAUUGCUCGGUCCCUGCUCCUGCCAACCUAGCAGUUCGAAAGCACUUCAAAGUGCAAGUAGAUAAAUAGGUACCGCUCCGUCGGGAAGGCAAACGGCGUUUCUGUGCGCUGCUCUGGUUCGCCAGAAGGGGCUUAGUCAUGCUGGCCACAUGACCCGGAAGUUGUAUGCCGGCUCCCUCGGCCAAUAAAGCGAGAUGAGCGCCGCAACCCCAGAGUCAGUCACGAUUGGACCUAAUGGUCAGGGGUCCCUUUACCCUUUUUAUAUAUGGUAAAGAAAACUACGCUGAUCACAUAUAUAGAGUGCUCAUCCUCUCAGCACUGAAUUUCUGCAGCCUGUCCCCCACACACUUUAGAGUUAAGGAGCUGAGGCUUCCUUCUGGGUCAGUUAGCAGGGCUCCCACACUGUUCUCAGUCAAGAAACCUUUUCUUUGAAGACUUGAGCCUCCACCAGCCUCCAUCACAGUCCAAGCUUUUGAGGCUUGUAGGAUCACUUGUGUCAACCUGAACCUACUCGUCCAUUACCACCACUCUUUCAUUCUAGGUAGAAAAUGCAGGCUUUAGGAUUCUGCUCCUUAAAACCUUAGUGGGCAAAUUCAGAGGCUUUCUGAGAUCCCUGAUAGUAGUAUUACACAGCCUUGCCUUUUUCAUGAUACCUACAUCUCUGCUUUCCUCUUUCCCCUCCCCUUUUAGUCUGAUCUGUUGCAGUGUCUUCAAUACCAGUUUUACCAGGUAUGUCUUUGUUCCAAAGCCAAGGGAGAUCUGCAUCUCCUCUUUAGCCAGGACUGUGUUUACCUUGUGCGCAAGAGUGCAAAAAAACAUUCUCCACUGAGAUGAACCUGCGUUUCGAUUCUGACAUCAGAAUAAAUGCAAGCAAAUCUGCUCAUCAUUUGGUUGCAUUACAUACCUUUUCCUGCUAGCCAUGGGAAGUGGACAAGGAGAUAUAAUCAAAGCCCCACAUUCUGAUCUCUGCAAGUUCUGCUUUUCAUACUCCACACCAACCCUUUGCCCUGCUCUUUCCAGGAAAAGGUCUGUGCUUUAGGAGCUCCAUGUCUGAGCUGGGGUUUUUUGCCAGCUCCUUAGUGCUCUUUAGGGAUGUGGGGGGCGCUGUGGGUUAAACCACAGAGCCUAGGACUUGCCGAUCAGAAGGUCGGCGGUUCGAAUCCCCGCGAUGGGGUGAGCUCCCAUUGCUCGGUCCCUGCUCCUGCCAACCUAGCAGUUCGAAAGCACGUCAAAGUGCAAGUAGAUAAAUAGGUACCGUUCCGGCGGGAAGGUAAACAACAUUUCCGUGCGCCGCUCUGGCUCGCCAGAAGCGGCUUAGUCAUGCUGGCCACAUGACCCGGAAGCUGUACGCCGGCUCCCUCAGCCAAUAAAGCGAGAUGAGCGCCACAACCCCAGAGUCGGUCAUGACUGGACCUAAAGGUCAGGGGUCCCUCCUUUAGUGCUCUUUAACACUCAACUGGAGCAAAUGUCAGUUCCGCAGAUGGUUGUUUGGUCUGAUUGAGCUUUAAAGAGCGGGUUUUCGCAGGGAAAGCUGCUGAGUCUUAAAACAAGUAGUGCUGGCUGAUGUCAAUUGGGACUGGUAAGGUGGAUGACAGGGAGACUUAACUUUAGGUGGAGCCGCAACCAAUGACAGGCAGAGCCAGCCCCUGACUGGUUGUAAGCAAGGACAGCCCGAGGUUAAUGGGGCAGUGCCCAAUUCACCAUAAUGGACCAGCCUCAGCUGAGGACAGAGUGGAAACCUGUGAUCCUGCAGACCUUGUUGGACUCCAGUUCCCAUCCCAGUGGUCAGGGAUGAUGAGAGCAGUAGUUCAGCAAUAUCUGGAGGGCCAUAGGCUCCCCACCCCUGCUCUAGUAGCCUUUGCCCAUAUUUGCCCCAGUCCAGGCAAAGUCAGUCACCCCUAAGUCCUUUUGAAGCCAAUGGAGCAAGUUUGUCACAACUAAUACAAAUCCCACUGUUUUCAACGUUGCAGCGUUUGAGUGAGACUUAAUUGCAACUAACUUAAUCUUGAUUGUUCUAGGCUAGAUAAUCUCCACAGUAACAAGGGCCAGAAAUGUUCUUGAGUGAAAGAAGGAAAGAAAGAGAAAAACAGAGUGGUUUUUAAAAUUGCCUUCCACAUACAUGCCUCCAGGCGACGUACGAAAUAUGCCAAAUGAUGCUCUAGAUACCAAAUUCCACUUCUGGAUGGCAUAAUGAUGGGUGCGCAAUGUACACACAGUCCUCCCUACAUACGUGUGCGCGUGUGUGCAUGUGGGUAUUUGUGUUUGUGAGUGUGGGAGAAAAGAGACCUUCACUUACUAAGCAAAUUUCUUUUCCUGCCCCGCUGCUAUCGAGAGAGGUAUCGGUCGCAGACCUCAUUCGUACAAAGAGCCAGACUUCUUAUGGGGGCAGCAGGAGAAGCGGUCACAUGGUUGAAUGUUUCGCAAUGGGUGGGGACGGGGGACUUCUACACGUACCAGACAAGCACAUCUGGGAGAAAGCUGGCCUGCAACUCUUCUUGACAGCUCUCUUCCUGUGUGAAGGGGCUAAUGGCCGUAUUGCAGCACAGUUUUCACAAACAGACAGAGUGCUUCUGAAUGCAAACUACUGCUGCCUCCUCACUGUAACGCCUCUCUCGGGGCAGGUGCCUCUCCAACGUCAGCCAUGUGGAGAUUGCUAUAAGUAGUUCCCUCUGGUGGGUGCCUCCACAUGGAAAGAGCUUCAGGCACGACAAUCUUGCCACGCAGUCUAGACAGUUUCCCCCACGAUACCAAUAACUUCCAAGGGCAAACGAAAAUUAAAAUGCACCAUUGUGGAGAAUAUUGCUUGCCCUAUCGCAGGCAUAGGCAAACUCCGGCCCUCCAGAUGUUUGGGACUACAAUUCCCAUCAACCCUAGCUAACAGGACCAGUGGUCAAGGAUGAUGGGAAUUGUAGUCCCAAACAUUCGGAGGGCCGGCGUUUGCUUAUGCCUGCCCUAUCGGCAUGGUAGGCUUUUGGAAGGGAAUGGGAUCCCUAGCCACCUGUUGGCUAUUUUUAUUUAUUCAAUUUUUGAAUUUGGAACAUGGUUGGCUUUCAUUGGGCUGGACCUGGUGCAUGCAUUUCUGAGGUGCUCAACUCCUUUUGCAGUGGGGUUCGUUUUUGAAAAACCAUACUUCCCUAUCAAGAAAGGUCUGUUCGAAGCAAGAGGUAGCCUCUGCAGUGCUGAUGUACUGCAGAAAUAGGGAACAUGAGGCUCUCCAGAUGUUGUCGGGCGCACCUCUCAUUAUUCUUGACCAUUUGCCAUGUUGGCUAAUGGGAGCCUGAAUCCAGCAAGAUGUGGGGAGCCACAGGGUCCCCACCUGGCGUAGGACCAAUUUCUAUAAAAAUGCCUCCUGUAGCAAAAUUGAUGUGAUGAAGCUGCAAAACAAGGACUUUUUACCUCAGUUAGAACAAAAGAGGAGUUAGUACAGUGGUACCUUGGUUCUCAAACUUAAUCCGUUCCGGAAGUCCAUUCCAAAACCAAAGCGUUCCAAAACCAAGGCGCACUUUCCCAUAGAGAGUAAUGCAAAAUGGAUUAAUCCGUUCCAGACUUUUAAAAACAGUCCCUAAAACAGCAAUUUAACAUGAAUUUUACUGUCUAACGAGACCUUUGAUCCAUAAAAUGAAAGCAAUAAACAAUCACACAGUCACACUACCAAUCAAUCAGUAGCUGAACUGGGUUCCACACAGACACAAAAACAAAACAAAAAAGCCACAAAAAUGCAAAAUAGAAUGCAAAAACUGACAGACCUCAGCGUAACACUCAAAACGGAAGAGUGGCACUCAAAUUGGAAGUGCAAGGCUCAAAACAGAGCAUGUUUGGCUUCCGGAAAAAAAUUCACAAACCGGAACACUUACUUCUGGGUUUGCAGUGUUUGAGUUCCAAGUUGUUUGAGUACCAAGGCAUUUGAGAACCAAGGUACCACAGUAUUAUUAUUAAUAAUAAUAAUAAUAAUAAUAAUAAUAAUAAUAAUAAUUUUUAUUUAUACCCCGCCCUCCCCAGCCAAGGCCAGGCUCAGGGCAGCUAACAAGCAAUAAUUAAAAUAAGUUGAAUGAAUACAACUUAAAAACAAAAUUAAAAUACAACAUUAAAAUAUUGAAACAUUAAAAUGUAGCCUCAUCGCAGGAGGAGAAAGGAAAAGAAAAAAGAAAGAUGGGGAGGGAAUCAAACUGGCUCCAAGCCAAAGGCCAGGCGGAACAACUCUGUCUUACAGGCCCUGCGGAAAGAAAUCAGAUCCUGCAGAGCCCUGGUCUCAUGAGACAGAGCGUUCCACCAGGCUGGAGCCAGUGUUGAAAAGGCCCUGGCUCUGGUUGAAGCUAAUCUAACUUCUUUAGGGCCCGGGACCACUAGGGUGUUGCUAUUUAUGGACCUUGGGGCUCUCCAUGGGGCAUACCUGGAGAGGCGGUCCCGUAGGUACGAGGGUCCUAGGCCGUGAAGGGCUUUAAAGGUCAAAACCAGCACCUUAAAUCUGAUCCUGUACUCCACCGGGAGCCAGUGCAGCUGGAAAAGCACUGGGUGAAUAUGCUCCCAUGGCAGAGAACCCGUGAGGAGCCUUGCUGCAGCAUUCUGCACCCGCUGGAGUUUCUGGGACAGCUUCAAGGGCAGCCCCGCGUAGAGCGAAUUACAGUAGUCAAGCCUGGAGGUGACUGUCGCAUGGAUCACUGUGGCCAGGAUUGAGAUUUUGGUUGUUGUUAAAAUUUGCAAAGUAAGGGGAGUGCAAAGUUGGGACGACGCCAACUCAUCCCACCUUUUCAUAUGUAGGCUGGUGGGUCUUCUGGAAAGAAAUAUUAGGACCACAGUACAGUACAGAGAUUGUUAAAUAUGUCAACUGGGGCUGCUUCCAGGAAGGUGUUCAUUGUAGGAUUAUGCAUGCAAGUUUUUUGCAGCGUUGACAUCAUGUCAGUGAAAUAAAAAUGCCAGCCCCAUAUUCUCCUCCCACCCAAAGCUCACACACAUUAUCAGGAAAGCUUCAAGAAUGUCGUGCCAUGAGGUCUAGUGAUGGCCAUUAGCUCAAGUGACUUUUGACGAUAACCCGUUUCUUCAUUUGGGGUCAUAGCUGAUCAAAUGCGCUCAUGCACAGGCUUCUUGCACCUUUAAUGGUUGUAUGGAAGAGCAAAUAAUUCUCAAAUCCCUUUCUUCUGUGCAAUGACUGAAGAGUCACAGAAGCCUUAUUCUCUGUUGCUGCUGGUCAACCUACAAAGCGAUGCAAAGCACAUAUACAUACACUAACCCAAAUAACAUUUCCCUUUAUUCUGAUCUGUGCCAUUUCAAACUCUAAACUUUCUUACCAGAGGUUGCCAGUUGCUCAGUAGUCUUAAAACCUCCCUUUAAAAAAUAAAAAUUGAGAGUUCUAGCAAAAAUGUGAAAAGAUUCAUGAGGACCAGAGCCUUAGGCCAUUUGAAAGUUUUUGCAUAGGGUUUCUACUCCUUGUUGGCAUUGCCUGUGCUAUUCUCUAAAGAUGGGGAAAGUUUCCUAAGUCAGUUUUGAAGGACUUCAUAUUGGGCUUCCCCAGUGCUUUGAAGCUUGUUAAAUAUACCUCCAGCAACAUGAUUCACCAUGCCAAUGGUGGCUAAGUUUCCUCUCUUCUUCUAGAUUCCUGGGACGUGCCUUCUCCCUGAGGUGACUCUGCAAGACCAGGGCCGAAUCUGUGUGGUGAUUGAUCUGGACGAGACCUUAGUGCACAGCUCCUUCAAGGUGACGUUCUAAGGAUACUCCUCCUUUUCUGAGAAGUGUGGGGGGGAGUGGUUGAGGCAGAUGGCAUCCUUGGCCCACCAGACGUUGCUGGACUACAAGUCUAAUCAUCACUGGCCAUCUGGUUGGGGCUGAUGGGAGUUGUAGUUCGGCAACACCUGGAGGGCCACAGGUUCUCCAUUGCUGACAGUGCAGGAGAGGACUAGCUUGGUGCAAGUCAGCUCCCUCUGAGAACAGCUGCAAAGGCAUACGAAGGGAUGAGGGCCUUAUGGAAUAUCAGUGUGAAGGAUAGGACUGGGGCUUUGGGAGUUAAACAAAAGGACCUCAACUUCAUUGUUUUCCUGGUUAGAAGUUUUCUAAACCCAGAGGGUUGUAUCCAGUGCAGCCUGUACAUCAACAGAAGGAACUUCUGCUCAUUCAAUGGGACUUCCCCUUCCCCUUCUCCCCCCACACAGCCCAGCCAUGCACCUUCAGAUUCUGCUCCAGGUGGUUGUGGAAUCUUCUGGAGCGGAUUUUGAUGUCUCUGCAGGAGGUUGCAAGGGGGAAAGAGAGCAAGGUUAAGUCAAUGAGGUCCACUUGCAUGGUGGUGCAUUCUGUGAAGAAUCUCCUUGCUUCUCCCAUUAUUUUAAUAAAUUAGUUCUGUGUCUACAACCAGUUACUACUGCAUACUAGACACACAAUGCUGUUAUUCCUCGGAAUGGAGAAGGAAGCCUAUUUAUUCACGGCUGUUUCCAUUUCUGCCCUGGGAAGGUGGCUUGAACCCUUCUCACCUCACCCCUACACGUAAACUCUGCCACUGGAAGAAAUUUCUAAUAUUUGCGUCUCUGGUUCUGAUCAGCAAAUUCUGAAGACGCUAUCAGGGGACCGAACAAGCAACAGGAGUUAGAAGGACUCAGCGAUUGAUUCCCUGACAAAUCAUUUGAUUCUGUUAUUAGGUGCCUUGUUGUUUCAGACAGGGCCACAUUCCAUUGUGGCAGCCUUCCAGGGGCCACAUGGCAGAAGCAAAAGUGGGUGGGGCAACAGAUGUGACUCCUGCCUUUGUAUGCUAGAAUACAUCCCAGCCACGCAGAUGACUGAGUUUUCCACACACGCAUCCUGGCAUUGAUGGAUGUGGCCUGGGCAAAGUCUCAAAGGACCAGAUAUAGAGACUUAGAGGGGCUUCAUUCAGCCAGACAUCUGAAGGCAGCCCUGUUUAGGGAAGCUUUCAAUAUUUAACAGACCACUGUAUUUUAAUAUUUUGUUGGAAGCCGCCCAGAGUGGCUGGGGAAACCCAGCCAGAUGGGCGGGCUAUAAAUAAUAAUAAUAAAAAAACCAUCAUCAUCAUCAUCAUCAUCAUCAUCAUCAUCUAUGAACCGGAGAUUCCCUGCCACUGGUUUGAGUGGACAUGACUGUCAUUUUAAAAGCAUAUGGCUCAGUACUGGUAAAUCGAGCCAAACCCAGUGAGCAUCAGAUAGUGUCCUUAGGUGCAGAGAUUGGCGCGACGUAUGGAUAGAGUGGGGCAGAAUUGUGUUGUGUUACCUUCCAAAAACUAACAUGCACCUUUUAUAACAUUUCUCAGCCAAUCAACAAUGCUGACUUCAUAGUGCCUGUUGAGAUAGAGGGGACAACCCACCAGGUAAGGUUGCUGUUGCUGGGGGGAACGUCCCCUACCCACCCACCCACCUUGUCAACAGUUUUGGGUUCUCAUUGGCAUCUGUUCUGGAAGUGGGGCAGCAGAGGGAGGGGGCAAUCUCAUUUUAUGUGCCAAGGAGACCGCCUCCCAUUUUGGUGCUGUAAAGAAGAGGAGGAAGACCGUUCUAUGAAGGCUUCGGCCUGGUUCAAGUAAUCCAGGAUAGGCUGUUACCAGGCAACACGGCCUAUUCUUGAUUACUUGUUUCAGGAGGUAGCUGCUUCCAGCAGAUGUUAAAGGAGGAAUGGCUUGGAUCGACUGCGUGGCAGCGAGAGCUCCGGGAGAGAGAAAUGCGACCAGCUGGAAACUGGUGGGGAAUCCUUGAGGAAUCUUGAUGUGCUUUGCAGCAUUUGUGCUUCUUUGCUGUAUUCCGCUCACCACAAUGCCUGUGGCAGCUUGUAUUCAUUUAAAAUGAAUUAGGGUUAGUCUAAGCACGCUAAGGGGGACGCGGGUGGCGCUGUGGGUUAAACUACAGAGCCUAGGGCUUGCGGAUCAGAAGGUCGAUGGUUCAAAUCCCCGCAACGGGGUGAGCUCCCGUUGCUCGGUCCCUGCUCCUGCCAAGCUAGCAGUUCAAAAGCACGAAGUGCAAGUAGAUAAAUAGGUACCACUCUGGCGGGAAGGUAAAGUGCAUUUCCGUGCGCUGCUCUGGUUCGCCAGAAGCGGCUUAGUCAUGCUGGCCACAUGACCCGGAAGCUGUACGCCGGCUCCCUCGGCCAAUAAAACGAGAUGAGCGCAGCAACCCCAGAGUCGUCCGCGACUGGACCUAAUGGUCAGGGGUCCCUUUAUCUUUACCUUUGAGCAUGCUAAAGGGCAGUUGUUUCCCUAUCCAUCAAUAAGGAUGCUGGUGACUUGAAGAAGUCAGCUGGUAGUUUGCCACACCUCAACCAGCAAGACAGCUUCUUCCAGAGUCCCCAGUUAAGGAAAAAGCUCCUCUCCCACACAUUUCAAAGUAGCAAAGUCUUCAUUAUCUACAGACGCAAGACAAAGCUAAACAGCACUGUCUACUAUAGACAACUCUUCUGGUCUCUGAAGUAAAGAUGCAUGUGUACAGAGAAUUCUAAUAAUACUAUAUCACCAUGCUAGCUAACGCUGCUGUGUGAAACUCACAGCCUCUUCCCCUGACUCUCACAGAUUCAGAGUCAGACAGCAAACAGGACAGGGCAUGGACAAGACAAGACAGCUUAAUGAAAACAAUGCCCUAGAGACUGUUAUACCCAUCUCUACGCACACUUCAUAUUUCCUGAAGCAAUGGGAGGGCGAAUGACUCAUGCACUCAACCUAGCUGAUUUUGCUAUGGUACCCUUAUCUCAGAACAUCCAGACGUGUGCUUCUCAAGAAAUGAGUCCAAGCACACAGUAAUUUAACCCGUUGUUCACAUUACACCACUAAAGGGGAGGUAUUCUUUUACUUGCCUCAGUUUUUUUUAUGAUAGCCAUGUCACACAAAAAGGAGUGGAGCUUACGUCCUGUUCAGUGAUAAAGGGUUAUCAUCGAAUGGACUAAAAUGGCAAGCCAUGGGAAGUUGUGGGUUUGUGCCGCACUCUCUGAAAUGAGAAGUCUCUUUCUUAGCCAGUAUACAUCAGACGAUGAAGUGGCUGUUUGGAUUCGCUGCUGGUGAUCCUAAUUGUGCCAUCCUGCCUACCUGUCAAAAGUUGGCUCACGAGGCUGGAUCCUGUUUGUUAUAUUGAUACUCUGCCUUUCCACAAAGUGGGAGUGAGGAAGCAGGCUGGUGUAAGGGGGAGGUUAUGGGAGAAAAGCAAUGAGCAGGGCAAACCCUCUCUCCUCCCAUCGCUUCUCCCCUAAAAAUGUUCCCUGCAGUGAUGUGCUUCGGCCAACGCAACACUGAAUCCAGGUCUUUCACAGUAGCUUGUUCACUCCAGCUGUAAGGUGGGUUGUAGAUAAAUAAAACCAGUAGUCCCUCUGUGUCAUUCCUCACCUCUGCUGCUCACUUCUAGGUGUACGUGCUGAAGAGGCCAUUUGUUGAUGAGUUCCUGAGGCGGAUGGGGGAGCUGUUUGAGUGUGUGCUCUUCACUGCCAGUUUGGCGAAGGUGAGAAGGAGGUGGCGGGUUUAGCCUAGACAUGGACUUGGGGAAUUGGUUGAUACUUUCAAAGGCAGCAGAAGCUAAGGCAGAAAGGGUGGCAAUGGUGUGCUGUGUCACUUUCAGCUCAGAAGAUAAACUGGAGGUGCAUAUAGACGAUUCGCUCUCUCUGUCUUGCUAGAAGACUGGUUUGGGAGCAGCUUUGACUUGGGCUAAACUUGGAGUAUUGCCGAAACUUCAGAGCUGUGUAUAACCCCGUGCAUUUUUCAAAACCCAAACCCUGCAGCAAGAAACACAUGGCCUAUUGGUACUUGAAUAAAUUGUGCAAAAUGUCAAGUUUGCAUAUAGUUGUUUGUUUUUGCUUCUCCUAACUGUGAGGAAGAGUGAAGGACCAUGCAGAGUAUUCAAAUCUCCACCACUAACUGACCUCUGGAAGUUCUGCUCAGCCCCUUGGUGGCUUCUGAAAUUGCAUUGGGCAUCACUGAGAUCUCCAAAUCCAUGGGGACUUGAAACUUUAAAUGAAUGAAUGAAUGAAUUCCAUGCCAGAUUCCAAAUUCCAUGUUUGCACUAUCUGGCCAGAAGUGGGCAGAGCCCUGCAUGUUCUCCUGAUUACCCCAUGUUGGGUUUCUUGCUUUCUUAUGCUGAGCUCUGGUCUUCACACGCUCCUCUUAUCACUCUGUUCAGUAUGCUGACCCCGUAACUGACCUGCUAGACAAGUGUGGAGUCUUCCGAGCCCGCCUCUUCCGAGAGUCGUGCGUGUUCCACCAGGGCUGUUAUGUUAAGGACCUCAGCCGUUUGGGGCGUGAUCUGCGCAAAACCUUGAUCCUAGACAAUUCUCCUGCCUCCUACAUCUUCCAUCCAGAGAAUGCGGUGAGUAUGCCUUCAAGAGGGGUGUGUGUGUGUGUUAUUCAAUAGUAGCUGGUGUUGACUUUUGACUUACCUUGGCAGGAAAGCAGCAAAGGCUCUUUAAAUGUGUAAGACUUGAGUUCUUGAUAGGUAGGUAGGUUGGUUGAUUGGUUUAAAAAUCUUUUGAUCUGGUUUUAGUUAGAAAGAAAAUAAUAAUAGUUACAUCAACACCAGGUGAAAGAAGCUCUCUUAAAUAAAGCAUUCCCCUUUGUUUCUCACCCCUGCCUUUUAAGAUGGUGCUGACUGCAACACUUGUGUGCUAGGUAGGGCCAUUCAAAACAUGUUCGUUCUCUCUCUCUCUCUCUCUCUCUCUCUCUCUCUCUCUCUUACACACACACACACACACACACACACACACACUUCUGAAGUGGUAAAUUCUCAGGAAGGCUGACUGUACCACAUCAUUUCCCCCUUCAAAUCUUCUUUUUUCCUCCCUUCUCUCACGACUCCAGCCAGCUCAACCCCAAAAGUUCUCCAGCGCAUGAAAUAUUCUUCCAAACCUAUCCAACAGAGCACAUCUACAAGGUUUCCCAGGUGACAAUUCAUAGCUGUGGCCAUAAUUGUAGGAGUGAGUGAGCAGUUAGUAUUAGUGUGACUAGUUUUGUCUACAACAAUUACCUUUCGUGCACCCUGUUUAAAAACUAGGUCUUGUAUUGUCACUGUAUUUUGAAUAUUCGCCCGAAUACUUUCCAAAGCCCUUUAAAUACAUGGAGUUUUUUUUUAUAUAUAUAUGCCUGAUGUGAGGGCAAAUCUGUCUCUUCUGAGGGGAUGUAUCCACACUUCAUAUUAAUAGCCAAGUGAUUACUGCAGGGUUUGAAUUCUGCUCCCAGGUCUUCCUGGUUCCUUAAACAUUAGGUCUCUGCUUCCUGUCUACAUGCACCGCAGUGCUCCCGACUGACUUCUCCUUGCCCUUUCCGGUUUCCCCGUAGGUGCCAGUCCAGUCCUGGUUUGAUGACAUGGCCGACACCGAGCUGCUGAACCUGAUCCCGAUCUUUGAGGAGCUGAGCGAAGCGGAGGAUGUCUACACCAGCCUUGGCCAGCUGAGGGCACCCUAAGGCCUUCCUAUGCCCACAGAGGAACAUUUUCACUCAGUGCCUUCAGUCCUGGCCUGGAGGGGAAGGGGGAGCCGUGGGGAUGGUUCUCCGCAACCCCACCGCAAGGCAGAUGCAAGCACUUUGGAGGCAAUAACCUGAACGGGCAGCGCCAGAGCAGUUUCCAACCAGGGUCUGGCGGAUCCCAGAGCCUCUGGCCUUUCCUCCAAAAGCAGGGUCGCCCCAGACCCCGUCCCCAACAGCGCUCGUAUCUAUGCACUGCGAGGAUACAGGGAGCAUUGUGAAGACGCGCCAUUUCUCCAGGGCUUGGCUUCCUCCAUUCGCUGCAGGGUGGUUAGUUCUGGGUGUGGUUUGUGUGGUGUAAGCCGCCGGUUCCUCCUGCCUACCCUCUCCUCUCCUCCUCUAAAGCAAUGCCAAAAGAUUUGGCUGACCCUUUUCCUUUUGUUAUGGAAAAAGCUACCUGCCUCCUCGCUCCCUUUUAGAUGCUCCUGAGACUGCUGCUCAUCCAGGACGUGGGGCACAGCCAUGGGGCCUUAUCUCCCAGGCAAGGCAGGGCACUGCCCAAUACUCCUAGCCAGGUGUUCUAGCCAGGUGUCCUAGCCAGGUGUCUUUCAGAGGGACCCUCUCCUUCAGCUGCUCAGGCCACUGGAUUCCUCGGAGGAGAGGCUUUCCUUACCUUGGAUACCUGGUUAGAGAGAGGGGGGAAAGUCUUAUUUUUUUAUGAGGACUUUUUCCUUUUUUCCUAUUCCCUUCCUGCGUUUCCCCUUCAGAGCAGUCUUGGUCCCUAAUUAGCCUGUUGGCUUUUGGGAAGCCUUUAACUUCUUUUUAUACUGUGUCUUGUGGUUUGGGUUCAGCCCCAGAGGGGAAGGAACCCUUUCAGAAACCCUCGAACGUUAAAACAAACAAACAGUGGCACGAGCGUAGAAAAGGACUAAGGCUAAGUCAGCCGUCCCCUUCCCACAAACUCCACAUUGGUUGAGGACCGAUGCUGUAGAGAUUGCCAUAUUGCUUCGCUCUGGCCUAUUUUUGCUUCUUGGGUGGGGUGUGGGGGGGACACAGACCAGGUCACAGGGUUACUAUAAACCUGCCUCAGCACUGUCAGUUCUCCCACCCUCCUUCAGUGCGAAUUGCUAGCUUUGAAGGACAGGAGGGUGCUGACGUUUUGCCCGCGGGUGGCUUUCUGGGGGCGGGUGCCACAGAGGUGCCCUGCCUUCCCCACUCAGGACUCGUUCUAGGCUCCAUCGUCGUAACUUGAAAAGCCCGGCCCCUCGGGUGGCCUCAGGGAAUCAUGGACUAGCGUGUUAGGAGCUGGGGGUGGGCAGGGAACGGCCUGCUCCAUUGCCUUGCUGUCUUCAUUGGGAGAGCGAGGAGGAACGUCGUUGCGGCCUCUGCGCAUGAAGAGACAGCGCCUCUCUUUUCUGCCAGGCUUUCUUGGGAAACCAGCCCCAGAGAAGCAGCUGGGCCUUUUUGCCACACUCUUCUUCCCCUCAGCAUUUUCACGGCGGCGCCAGCUCUCGAGAAACCAAACGUAGAUGUCGAUAUUACUUGGGAGCGGCCGCUGCCCCGUCCCUUUCUCCGUCUCCCCCCCAGCAAUAUGGUACGCUGCCUUUCCUAGUCAUGUCUCUUAACGUGCUGUGAACAAGUGCUUUCGAAGUGCCAUUGGUGGCAAGCAAAUACCUUCCGCUCAGCCAGCUUGCUUCUCUCCCUCCCGCUCCCAUAAGCAAUACAUUGCAAGUGACUCCAUGCUUCGCUGUUGUGAGGGGUGGGGGCAGGAUGGGGCCAUUCGGGGUUCUUUUUGUUUCUUUCUGGUGCUGCCUCCUUGGUUUGGAUGCGGGGGGGGGCAGGUAGCGUGGGUCACCUCACCACCUGGGGCAGGAAGCUAAACAGCAAAACCAGGGGUGAGGAACCUGUGGCCCAUCCAGAUGUUGCUGGACUUAGGACUCUCAUCGCCCCUGACAGUUGUCCGGAGUGGCUGGUGGGCCCCAACAACAUCUGGAAGGCUUCCUCCCUGCUCAACAGGACCAAAGCUUUACAAUCCUUCUUGUUGGCUGAGUGAGCAGGCAGCUCUUAGCCUAGCCAAAGUGCUUCUUGAAUUUCCGUUGCUGUUUUUUAAGUGUGCUGA